AUGGUGAAUAACGCCAAAAUGACAGCCGAGGUUGAGCAGCAUGUUCUCCAACGCUACGAACUGAAAAAGCGCAUUGGAAAAGGGGUUUGUUGAUAGUUUUAAAAAGUAUUUGACAUUUUGCUUUAAACCGAACCCUAAUAAAAAAGAUAAAUUUAUGGACUGAUGAAAACUGAGUUAUAAUUCUGUAUCAGUGCUGCUGCAAUUGUCUUACAUAAAGAAAAUAUAUAAAUUAGACGCACGUUUUUGAAUAAGUAUAUUUAAACGCAUGUUUUAUGGACGAUUUCUGUGUAACUUUAGUUACGGAGAAAUGUAGACGACCGAAGUAUAAGGAUAUAAAUUAAAACAGAUCAUUUAGUUUAGAAGUAUAGAAGCAUGUGAGUGGUUUCAAUGUUUUGUAAGGCUAGUGGACUUUGUUUGCUAUAUUACUGUGUAAUACUUUUACAUGGUGUAUUUCUCGGACUAUGCAUUAUGGAUUUUAGAUGCUAAUUUAGGUUACCUGCCAAUGUUUCUGAAGGCGAAUGCCCGUCCUUGUCUUUGUAGCGCAUUAACAAAACACGCUUAUGUUGAUUUCAGAUCUUAGCAUAUUCCGACUAGACAUUUAAUUAGUUUGCGUUUUCGCAAAUCAGUUUUUCUCGGCCCUUCUUGGUCUGUAGUGAGAUAAUCAACUGCUUUUAGGACUACCAGACAUCAAGUGUGGCUGCUGCGUGAGAUUCAGGUACUUAAAAUAUACAUUUCAAUAUAAUACACGAAAUAUAAAACUACCCAGUUCCCUCGUGCUGAUUCAGUCAAGAGCAUCACAGGCCAUCUUGAUGCAGUCAACAUUAAAAAAGGAACAACCUUUUUUAACCAGAUUGGCUCUAUUGGGGAAUACAAAAUAGCCACCUUGUCCGUAUGCUCUUCGACUUUAAGCCACUCAGCCUCAAAUCUUCUUUUACAGUAUCUACCAUUUGUUAACAUACGGCAAUAUUUUAUGGAAAAUUAAACUGUUGCCAAAAUUCAGCAGUCAGAACUUCGUGCGUUUUUCAAUUUUUCAUUAUCAUAGAAAUAACAUUAUUUCACCGACUGUGGUUUUUACAGACGCAAAGCCGUUUAACUUUAAAAUAUAACUACGAAGCUGAAUGAUUAUUGACUGUCAAAGUUACAGUACGGAAAUAGGAAAUAUUUAUGACACCAUUUUUGCUUGUCUUAUAUUUAUAGUUUAUAUUCUGUUCCAUGUUAGGCUUGACGUAAAAUCCGAAAAUGCGUAUGGAGACAAACACAUUAAUCAAACAUAUUUAACCUUUCGUCUCCCAAAAGCAGGUAGACUGCAUAAAAAGAGUCAAUUAAAUAUUUUUAGUUUUUAUAUUAUCUAAAUUAAAACUACACCUAUCAGCUCUGGCACCCAGAAAAGCUGACUCAUAUGCACACGAAUUUCUUGAAACUGAAUGUGUUUAAAUUUACAGAAAACAGAACGGAAACCUUGUUCUUUUUGUAUAAUCUUGCUGAGCAAGCUAAUGUACCUUGUAAGCAAGGUAAACAACUAUAUGCGUGCAUAUAAGGACGCUUAUGGCUUUUUGUCACCUGAAAAAAUAAUCAAUAACCUGGAGGGAAUCAGUCCAAAUUUAGAUUUUUUUAGCUCAGCCCGAAGGUUGAUAUAAAUAGUUGAACCAAUAUUCAUCCGCUGCAGGGGAUAACCGCGCGAUAUUCUUAAACUGUUAACGGGCAGGUACUAGUAUACGCAUGUAGGACGUGCCGUAAUGAUAGCACAGGUACUAACUAAUAACCAGAAUCCCCUUUGCGAGUAUUCUGCCUCUGAGAGGGGCGCGGUUGAUCUUUAGGCUUUUCAUUACUUCCCAGCAUAACUUCACUUUCUGUCUGCUGGCAUUUUAUGAAUAAUUCGUGUUAUUUUGGUGCAGCUGACAGAUCUAAUCCACCUCUUAGUACCUACUUCCAAAGUGGGUAUAUAAAGCCGUAUUUUGACUGAUUUAGUCUUAGGUAACGACCUCUUUCUGCGAAUUGGAAGUAAUUAAAAUAUCUGUCAAUAAGCGCAUAAGAUGUCCUGAUGGCUCACUAGUCGGUUGGAUACCUUGCAGCUGUGUUGCACAGUGACAGCAUAUAAGCGAAAUAAAUACCCGGACUUUAAAAUAUUACCUCUGCUCUCAGUGCAGUAAGUAGUACAACAUGAAUAACCAUAGUAUGAAUUAUGACCAGAGAUAGGCAAAAUAAACUUUAAACUGUCCAUAACUUCUCAGUGAAACACUAUGAAUUACUGCCAAGUGAAUGCUUUUAUCACAUCUGAGACCAAUUUUCGGCUAGGCAUAUGGCAUUGUUUGGAAGGCAGUUUCAAAAAAGACAAAUGAAGUCGUUGCCCUGAAGAAGAUUUUUGACGCCUUUCGAAACAAAACGGACGCGCAGGUAUGUGAACAUUUUAUACCUUCCAUCUGUUUAAGCGGACAUUUAGAGAGAUCGCAUUCCUAAGAAAAUUUGGAGCUCAUCCAAAUAUCAUAAAACUGCACAGCAUUUUCAAGGCUUUCAAUGAAAAAGAUAUCUACCUUGUCUUUGAGUUCAUGGGUAAGAUACAUGCUAUCAUACAUUUUCGGUAUUCAUAUAGAAACGGAUCUGCACAACGUGAUCAAAAGGGGCAAUAUACUUCGUUCAAUUCACAAGCAGUAUAUAACGUAUCAGUUGCUUAAAGCACUGCUUUAUCUACAUUCUGCGAAUGUCAUUCAUCGUGAUCUCAAGGUACACACUCGCUCUCAUAUUACGGGUCAUUAUAAUGUCAAUAAGCGUCAAAUGAUUGAACAUCUUUUAUGAUAUAUGUGGCUGUAGUCACGAUAUUUUCGUAAAAUUAGUUAAAUGUUUUACUCGAUGCAAUGUUCGCAUAAGAAUACUAGGCAACUUUCUUUGAAUAAGAGUCCUGAUCCUAACUGGUCGCCUACCUCUGGUGGUAUUAUAUUUUAUCCUAUGUUAAUGACUAUAUAGUAGUAUGCAUGUAUCGUAAAAGUGAGUAAGAGCAUCCCUGUGAGUGAUGAACACUAAGAUGAACUAAAAUUUGUUUGUCACAUAUCCACAUGCCGUAUAAUGUUCUCCAUAAAAACUCUUUUUUUAAAACCAGAAGGCAGAUACUCUUGUCGUAAGAUGAUACCAAACUUUGUCGAUAAUAUCUAUGAGGCCUUCCACUAGUUAACGUUUUUGACUAUGCUGAGGUCAAACAGAUCUGUUUAUUUGAUUUAUAACGACUUCGAUAAAAAUAGUUUGGAAAAUGCUAUGGUCGCAUUUUUCCCGACCGGUAGCACUUGUUAUUAUUUUAAUGCUAAAAUUACAUGUUUAUUUGCAUUUAUAUUUGUGAACAUGGUUAGUGAUGACGUGCAUGGACAGAACGUCAAUAAUUGUUCUGACCGAGUUAGUCCUUAUAAAAGGUAAACGAUAGGGUUUGCGGAGACCUGUCUGCUUAGUUUGUGUACGAGGCCUGUGAUUACUCAUUCUGCACAACUUUUAUCCCCAGAUAAGAGAAAAAAAUGUGGGCUUUUGAAAUUUGUAUAUUAAAUGAACAACUGGGGAUAUUUGCAGAGGUAGUUGGAUGAUUGGUUGAUCAAAUAUAUUCCUAUUAAACUGCCAAUAACUGGGGGCCGGAUAUUCACAUUAUAUGGACACCGACCGCAGUAGUGAUCAAAACCUGGGGGUUUGGAGUCCUCUUACACACACACCACCUCAUACGCCAUUUCAAAGUGAUUACAGUAUCAAAGCGAGAGUCAGAUAUAUGCAUUUAUGAGGAGCACAUCAUCACGAUCGAAUUCUCCUGGGAACGAACUGGCACUAGCUAGUCUCGCUCUCCCACUUCAGUCUCGUCAUAUCUGUCUUGUUGGUUAUGAAAUUGACUGGCCAUCACAUCGAACCUAAGUGAAAUGAUGGCCUGCUAAUCCUUUAAAUGCAUGCAAAACCGUGUGUAAGCAUGUGCGAGGUCAAGAUGUUUUGUCAUAGCAUGAGAUGGUACUUCGUUUGCAACCGUGUUAAAAUUUCUCCCAGAAAGUAAUGUCUUAACUUGCCUGGUCACACCAAUCCACUUGUCCUAAAUUAUCUCUGAGCCCCGUGACUUCCGUAUGAUGAGGGGGGAAGAGAGAAUGAGGAGGCGUCUGUGCUGACAUUCGUUAUUAUGAUAAACACUACACGCUGUUGACUCGCAGCGACAUGCUGAAUACCGUGGCUUAAAGUUAUCAUCUUUCGAAUUAACUGAAUUUACCCGACUAGAAUUACAAUGAUAUGGUUUUUCAUCACGUGUUAACAAUCCUUCAUAGACAUAUGAGGUCUGAUUUAAUGUGACCUGGUUCAUGAAGAUUAAGGGACCAGCAGGCGGAAAGCCAUUAGAGACAGAGAUUUUGUUUUUGGUUGGCCACUGAAAAUUCCGGAUAGUUUUCGAUUCCUCAUGUCAGUUAACCAAAGAAAAUAUAUGAAUAGGGACUUUAGCUGUCUUUACGUGAUUCCCCCGCACCUUUGCUUUAGGGUUCCUGCAAUACAUCUUUGCCUCUCCAAGUAGGGGGGAGGGGGUCUUCGAUCAUUCUGAUUUUCGAACCAGUUGGUCCCUUUUAGAAAUGUUGGUUUCGGUUAUGAUUUUGAUUGUCAACAUAUGUUCAAUAACUCCAAACUGGGUCAGUUCCCGCCGCAUGAAUUACUUAAAAAGAUCCCUGGCAGGUUUUCAAGAUAGCUUUUUUUAAUUUUCACCGUGUUGACACCUAAAGACGGACUGCUUAGACCUGUCAACCACUCGCCGGAUCCCAUUAUCAGUUAGUAGAGGGGCUCGGACAGUCGACUGGUGCACAGGAUAGGAAAAAGAGAGUGGGGUGGAUGGUGGGGACUCCACUCCCACGGCAUUUUAUCGCAUUGCUCACUAUAAUAAAUUUAACGUACUUGAAUUUAUCACGAUGCGCCGAAAAGUCGUGACUUGGGAGGUUGUCAACGGGCGGUUGGACUCAGGCAAUGCAAUCAGUCUAGGGUGCGUUUGUGUGGAGGUCGACUAGUCGACCGAGAGAAAAGCUGAAUAACUCCUUGUUAGUGUGUUCCCUAGAACAUUCUCAGGCAUGCGAAAUCUAGGCCGUCUAUCUCUUUUACUGCAAAAACCUGAUGUGGUAUACAAGGGAAAGGCUGCGUGUAGCACGCGCAGACUAGGUGUCCAGUUCUGUCAGCCACAUCUCCCGAUUCCACUUUUGGCAUUUUUGAUUCUGCCCUGACACCAGAUACACAUCGACUAAGGGAGAAGAGAUUUUGAUGGGUGCUGCUCAAGUCUAUCAUUACUACAAACGAAUUCGCACGCAAGCCACUGCUCCAAAUCCCGUUCUGCUGUGGGGUGCACGGUGAGCAUCGUCAGGGCAAACGGUCGAACUGUCAAAUAAAUUUAUUCCGCUGUCUUGUCAAACCUCUGCGCUGACUUGUUGCGGACAACACAUGUUUUUGAUGGGUUAUUUAUAGACUUUAGAAUUUUGAUAAUGUACGACAUUAACUUUAACGUGUAUGAGUCAUAUUUAUACAGAUUCACCUGCUUAGCUUUAAUCCGAGUGUCAACAAAUUUCAUUUCGUGAGGACACGCCAACUAUUCUGACAGAAGUACGUAAGACAAACACAGACUUUGCUCAAAAACCAGACUUAAUGAUAAAUAAUGCAUUGCCACUGCAACUGAAACUUCUAACUCAGGUUUGUUUGAUGCACUUGGUUUCAGAGAUCACAAAACCUAGUGCAAUCAAGUUAAGUGUUUUCAAAAAUGAAAUUUUCACCACUUGUUAAAGACCGCAUCGCUGAAAAUCAGCACAUUUCAAAGCACACUGGGAAUGUUUUUUGUUCAAACGUGUCUCUGUCAGUAUGAUUUCACUAACCGACGUCAGAAAAGACAUAGUAGUAAACUGACAACACGAUUUAACUUUCUAAUGCCAGCCAAAUGCAUUCGAAAAUUUAUGACGAUACGAUUGCUCAUGACUGUUUUUGUAGACUCUGAACUUUUCAGCAUUACUAGUGUGGAAGGAAUGUAUUUUGUCCUCAGAUGUCACACAUUUCUUGCGGAUCUUCAAAUUUUCCCUGACUUUGAAGGAAACAUUUCCAAAGUUAUUCAUCUUAUAUAUAAAAUCGCCUAAGAUGAAUCGUGAUUAUAUCGUGCGAUACAACCUGAAGCAGUUUAUUUUAAUGAAAACGGAUAGAACUUACUAUACCUUCCUCAGUUAUGGUUAGUGGAAAAUACAACUGCUUAAUUUACCUACACAUGCAAACCAUAAGAAAACGCAUACUUAAUUUAAAUAAACCUGCUGCAGGCGUGAGUACUUGUAACAAGAUUCCUAACGUCUAACAACAUUAUCCUCUCUCUGAAAAGACGAUAUAACAAUUAAAGUUUCACACCAAAAUAGCUAGAAUUUCGGUACAGGCCUUUGGUCCCCCAAACAUUAAAUAAUUAAAAUAUCAUUUUAUAGUAUUUCUCAUGUUGAGGUUUUCAUUUAUAGUUUUAUGGAGAAUUACCCAGAUUAUGAGUAGUUUUAAGUUUCUACAACCGAUUCUUUGUUAACCGCUUUGAUGAUAAUGGCAAAAAAUCUUGCCUGUCGGGUGAAACUGCCAUAGACAACGCUCGAUAGCCUAUAGUGCCUUUGCCUAUAAUGGUUUGCCUUCACUAAAAACCAUAUUUAAAAAACGAUGCUCUAUAAAUAGUUUUGAGAAUAUGGAACUAAUAACUUAUAUACCAAAAACACUUGCAAACUAUGCACGGAAUAACAUAAUUAGGUCAAAUGUUUUCUUUACCUAACUUCCAUAAGUAUGUUCCAUAGCCGAAUGAUCGGAAAUUUGCUGGUUUCCCAAGCAAUGACUGCAUCUGACGUAAAACGAGAAUUAUUGUCUCAUGUUAUGUUUCGGAUCCGCGUUAACGUUAUCACUGUUUACAUGUCUAGCCUUCCAAUGUUCUUCUGGACUCCGACUGCUUCGUAAAACUUUGUGAUUUUGGUCUGGCUCGGUCCCUGGCUGGCCGGGAUCUUACGAAUCAGUCGAACGCCGCGAUCUCGGGCAACGACGAGGCCGUCGGAGACAUGCCGGCACUUACCGAGUAUGUCGCCACGCGGUGGUAUCGCGCACCGGAAAUCCUUCUCGCCUGUAACAAUUACACCAAAGGUGUCGACCUAUGGAGCAUGGGCUGUAUUCUUGGUGAGAUGUUAGCUGGAAAACCGCUCUUUCCUGGUGCUUCAACUCUCAACCAGGUCGAACGGAUCAUGGCAGGCUUACCGAAGCCGACCAAGGAGGGUGAGGUGGUCUUCUCGUAAAAUGAGUACAUUCAAUUCAUUUGACCGUUUCAACUGAUCAACAUGAAAUUAGCAAAUUGAGUGAGCAAGGGUUGCGUAGACCCCACCUUGUCAUAGGUCGCCAACAUUGCAUCGCCUAGUGCAAUUUACAUUAGCGUUAAACCAUAAGAGGUUUUUUCGAAUUUAACUAGACGAACCUUUUGCGUGAUUCUAGUUCCUACAUUUAUGAAUUUUGGUCCGUUAAAAUGGUAUUUUCUGUCUCAAAACCUGCAGGUAAAUCAAACAACAGCCAUCUUCGUAGUGUACAGGGGUGCUUUUGAGAAAUACUUUCUUCAAAAUUAGCUACCAUUUCCAGGCUUAUCGCAAGGCAUGUCUAAGAACAUUUGAAUACCCCGAGAAUUCCGUCAGUGCUGCUGUGUGAAUUAGAAAGUUCUAAAUAUCUGACAGAAUUUUAAUGGAGUUCUAAACCUUGAUACUAGGGUGUUUGUGACUUCCCGCUUGUAUUUCAUUCAAUCAAGAGCGAUCAGCCCUCCUAAAUUGGUCACUGCCUCGAAGUCUAAAAGUCCCCUCCUGCCAUCACCCACGCUCAGACACGGGUUUUAGUUGUCUACUAUCAUUUCAUUAAAUAGAUUUUAAAAUAAUAAAAAAUAUAUUUAAAUAAGACACAUAACUCCCCAGGGGAAGCCUCAUUUAUUGCAAAAAUCAUAUCAGUCAUUGGGAACAAUAUGCCUAUGCUCUGUUAUAUGGCUCCGUUCAACACGGUUCAUUUUUUGCUUCUGCGUGAGGUCUUCUUUUAUCCCUAUUUGGCCUUGGUAAGACCCACCUAAAACGCGCAGAAAUAAUAUCCCCGCCUUUCAGAAACCCGACAAACUGUGACUUGUUCAAUAGUUGUCUUGUGGGGCGACUCGCGGAGGGAGGGUUUUCUGUGGUUCCAGAAUUCUUAGGCGGAUGUAUUCAUCUAACCUCCAGCAUAUUACGUCAAGACUUCACGAUCGUGCCGGAUCUCGGUUGAGGCCUUAUUUGAUGAUAGGCAACAGUCGCAUGUCGCGGUUGCGCAAGUGCAUGUGAGGUUUCUAUAGAUAACUGAUUUGCGAGACAUGUCUGAAAGGGUGAUCGGUGCAUAGUGAGCAAGUAAUUGUUAGACUCAUGAGAGUGCUUAUUUUACGUUCAGCUUUUGCCGAAGACCCUUCUACUAUCCGCCACAUAUGGACGUGCCUGCUGGUCAGCAGCGACAACAAAAGGCAGGCCCUCUAUUCGCGCGCUUCUCGUCGUCCCUGCAUUGACCCAAUUUAUCAGCCUUUAAGCGGGCGUGGGUCUUGAGUCUGGGACUCUUAUGUUCAGAUAAUUGCACAGACUAAUGUGUUUUUGAGUGACUAUCCAAAAGUCGAUUAAUUUGGUCGACAAUUUUAGGAAAAAGUAUAACCAACUUUAGAUAACCCAAAUACAACUCGUAAUGUAACGAAUGAGCUGGCGUAUUGAACAAUGCGAAAAUGAACAAUACAAAAUUUAAGAGGUAGCGGACAAGUGAAUCAAGAUGUUAGAACAGACCCUUCGCCGAGAUGAUUCGAGGUUGUUAUCGGUUGUGGUUGGCAUCACUCCCGGUGGCCUCUGGAGAUUUUUCUUAUAAACCAACUUUACCGAAAGCACUUCUCUACUCUGCGCUUUUUAGGCAUAUGGUGUGGCCACUGUAUUUGCGAUUUCGUUCCAACAGAAAACGGGUUGUCCUUACAAUAGUCCACAAAAGCGUAAUACAGACACCAAAGGCUGCGCACGUUACUGUUUCCAAAAUUCACAUCCAAGUAUCUAAGGACAACCAAUGUGUUCAUUCGACUUCAUCCAGUUAAUGUACUUAAAGCAUAUUUGUUGCUCAAUGGCUGGCUUUUGAGUGCCUUCUGGCCUAUAACGCUAAUGGGUCCGGACCUUUAAACUUAUAUGUUCAAAUUGUACGAGGUUUUAAUGAGAAACACCAGAAUGGUUCAAGCUAUUUAGCCGUUGGGGGCCGUUCAAUGAAUCGGUUACAGCACGAAACAUGUUCGUCGCGUUGUUCCUGAGAGCCUUGUCAAGGACCUUCAGAAGCAGACGCAUGGUGAUCCCAAGUAAUGAUGGACGAAAAACAGCAAAUACGAGGGAAUCCAGAUUAUUCAAACCCCGAUUUAGGCUUUGGCUGUCUGGUGAUGCUGAGUUAACCAGAAACAGCCCCUUGAUCUCCACUUUUGUCACUCUUUAUUGUGUAGUUCACUGUAUACCACCGAUUUGACUACUUUAAGGAAAAAUGAGAAAAACACCGCCUGUGAUAAAACUAGGAAAUUUGAGUGAAAUCCAUAGAAAUAAUAGCAUUUCAAGGCCGUGGUUCAUUAGCCAUAAUCUGAAGUUAACUGCUCAUCAUUUGCAUGCGAUUUCGACUGAAUAGCGUUCGACCGCUGCUCAUAUCAUGCUCUGAGCAGACUACCAAAUAAAUAUAAAUGCGGAACUGGUUUUCCUGGCCUGCAUCUUGCUUAAGAAUUUUGCGAGUAAAACUGGCAAAACCCUUAAUUUUUGCUUCUUUUUAAAAGGUACUUAAUAAUGAAAGUCAUUGCUUAAAAUAAGGUUACAAGUUAAGUCAAAAAUCGUUAACAAGUAGAGGUUGUUUAAAGCGUUGACUUUAAUUCACGUACAGUCGACUGUCUGCAGAUCUUAUAAGCCGGUAUAUGCAGCCUUUCAACUUCUCACAUACAUCCCAACAAACUAUGAUUGUCAAAGAUAGCAUUCACAGCAACCUGAGUUGGGUAUAUUAUGGCAUUCGGCAAACAAUCAGGGCAGGUAGCUAGAGGAUCUUAUGCAUAUUUAAAUAUACAGUUCAUCGUAAUAAAGCACUUACUAGGCUAUCUGAAUGUGAAAGUAGCUCAAGACUUCUAUUACUCAACUUUAGAAAACAUUUGUGUAACUGGAUGUUCAUUUCAGAACUUAACUUUUAAUUAAUUAGUUUUAAGGAAGGCUACUGGCGCAGUGUCUAAGUAUAACGUCAAUAAGUUGCAUAUCAAGACGGUUCCCGUAAUGGUUUUCUUUUCGGUGGUUGACCGUAGUUUCUCGUUGGCCUAAGUACAGAAACAUACCCUUGAAAAUAGAAACUUCCGACAACUGUGGACAUCUCUAAUGUUUUUUUUUAAAUUAUAUUAUUUGAUGUGAAAUAAACAACGAUAAAGCAUAAUCUUUCGAGACGAAAAAUCUUUUAGGAUGUACUCAGGAAAGAGGCCAAUAUAUAUCUUUAUAUUAUAUUUCUUUUGCUUUAUCCAUACGGAAACAGCCAUCUGGGAAAAUAAUUGACGCAAUUACGCACCCUUUAGAAAAAUCGAAUGUUAAGAUCUGAAAGCCGACCUCCGAGUUUUUUAAAUAAUUUCCCAAAACGCACUGUUUGUGCGUCUUUACAUACACAGUAAACGGAACAUGAAAAAAAUCGUUUUCGCAUGGUUAAGAGAAGUUACGGGUGAAUUAUUGGUUUUAUUGCAAAGUAUCGGUUGUAAGGCGCCUAAGUACUUUGGUCUUAGAGGAGCGAGUGUUUCACAUCCGAUUUGCAGUUAAAUCUUCGAUCAAUCACUUUAUACAGCAGUUGGUAAGUACAUACCAUGUUUGUGCAAUGAUUUACCGUACUAACAACACAGGUAUUAACUAAAGACCCGGACACGCUUCUUUCGCCGAUCUUAUGCCGCUGCCUGAUGCAGCUGCGAGGUGUUCGGCUCGUCAGUCGAUCCCCCAGCUUUCCCGUGUGUUUUCUGGUAUAUGAAGUCCAGUUUCAACUUGCCUAUUUUAAUUUCCGAAGAAAUUAAUGCGCGAACUUGGAGUAUGUCUUUCGAAACGGGCCUUUUUAAGCACGGUCCAAAUUUUGAUAUGAAUAUUUGAGCUGGAAUUCAUCAGUUAUUGCGGAAUAACUGCUUUAUAUUCACAAACCGCCAACUUUUCAUGUUUCGUCUUUUUUUAGACAUUGAGAGUGUGAAAAGCUCCUACAGUUCGUCGGUUUUGGCAAAAGCUUGCGUAAAGUAAGAUCUUGCCCUCAAUGUGAUUGGGUUGCUUUUAUUACACAUCUGAAUUUCCGUCAGCCUCUACUCACAUAGGUCUACGUCCAGUCUGUAUUGGAAUUCCUGCAAUGCUCACCAAAAUUAUCAAAUAUGUUUUAAAGUCCACAAAACCGACAACAUGCAAAAUUACGUUAAUUCAUAGUCUUUACUUUAAUUCUAGCUUUUGACGCCGUAUGCGAUGAGAGAAAAUGCACCGAAAAUGACAUUAACAACGAAAUAAGCCUUACACACUUAUUUUUCGUCCAUAGCCAGUCAUACUUGAAGGCCAGACUGCACGCCCGAGGAUGACAUCAAAGUCACUUAUAUAUUAUGGGUUCGCUUCAUGUCGGUUGGGAUUAUGAAUACGAUAUCUUGGUUUACAUAGAUACGAUUUUUAAAGACUUUUGAAUCGUUCAUUGACUAUGAGCGUGGACAUACUCCAUUAGGUUUCCAGACCUCUUCAUAACCCUUUAAAGGUUGCAGAUAUCAGUCAAUUUUCUUGGCUUUCCAGGAAACUGCGUCCUAGGGAAGGGAAGAGAAGGGGAAUCGUCUUCAUGACCAUCUACGAAAAUACCAUAAAAGUAAUAGCAACGUAAAGUUGGACAGUACUUCAUUAAAAAAUAUAUUGCUUAAUGCCGCAAAGUCACAGACGUAAAUAUAUCGGAAUGUCCUAUGCUCCAUGCGCUGAUAGAAGAUUCGGUCAAGGUUUUGACACAAUUUUCAGUUACAUACCAGCAAUAAUUCCAUGUUGACGUUAUCAACGAUCCUAAUUACGGUUGCGACAACGAGAGCACCUGACAACAACGGAGUACUUGAGGCAUCUUUUCCAUGGUUUGAACUUGUAGCAGGCGUAAAACAGCGAAAUUUACUGACCUCAAAAAAUUUCGCGACACCUCGUCAACUGCUAUCUGUCACUGCAUAACAUAGAUAACGGGUCAGCAGCAAGUUAUAUUUUCUCAGAAAAUCAAUGUGAGAGGAGCAAGGUCAUUGCUCAGCACACAUAAUCUCAGCGGUAAUGAGUAAGCAACUUAAAAACUGUUAAGAAGAAGGAGAGGGCAACACUGGGACGCUGAAAGAGAAUGUAUAAAUUAAAAGACUAAGGAUUACGAGAACAAGUUAAGAUUAACCGAAUGGUCUAAUUGGUUGGAAAAAGCAGAUCCUACACAUCAAAACCUGUUGACAUACCUCUUAGUACUAAGCUCUGCUUCCACAAACUGGCUCAUAAAAAUAUUCUUCAUCUUUUUCAAGGCAAAGAAAACCGGUUGCAGAGAUGAUGAAGAACAGUGACCCAAACGGCAUCGAGUUAAUGAAUUUGUUCCUUCAGUUCAAUCCACACAAACGUAUAACAGUGGAGGAGGCACUGGAGCAUGUCUACGUCAAACGGUAUUCCAACAAUUAUACUGCUUGUUGGGCGAUGUUUUUUUCGUAAAACGAGCCAUGUUUUGUGAGCGUGCGAAAUUAUGUGCGUUAUUAUUUGUUUCCAAGGCUAGCGCAGUUGAAGUCUGAUGCCACUGAAAUCAGAUUCUAGCCUCUCACAUGGGACCCUCACAUAAUAUUUACACAAAACCUCAUUUUACAUCUGCAUCCUUCCAAUCACACAAAAUAAGCGAACUGCGUUCAGCUUUAUUAUUUACGGCUUGGUUUUCUUUCCUUCCAUGACUUUUUUAUUUUUAGGGCCUGAACGAUUAAUUUGGAUUUCUUUCGCCUUUUAAAAUGCAUACGUGGAUAAUAUUGUUUGCAAAAGGGAAAAAUGAGUUAAAAAAGCGCAGUUAGUGCUACUUCUAGACAACGAAGUAGUCGAGGCAGCAUUAAUGCGUCACUCCUCGCUGGGCACCUCGCUGAAUUACUUGGUAAUCGGAGAAUGUCCAUCAUGUUUUGCUUGUAACUACAGAACUAGAGCUGUGCAGGCCGUUGUAGACGGAAUACCAACGAUUCCUACUGGGACCUCAUGGCCCAGGUGGUUUGAACGUUACCUGUACUCAAGCCUUGUCCUUGCUGUCUCCACCUAGGUCGGCACAUUUUUUACAUUCGGGUUAAACGAUUUUCCAAAGUCUCCCAAACCACCUAUUGUUAAAGUGAGCCUGGUAGUUUCUGACGGAUUCUGGAUUGGUCUUUUUGUCAAUCCUGCUUGGGCUGUUAGCGUAUUGUACCAGAAUUGGUGAAUUCCAUAGGUCGCAAUAGGUAACUUGACCCAAAUAUGACUUAACUCACGAUUCUUGGUGGGACUUCGUAGUUCAGAAGACUAGAGCAUUGGCUGCACUCAAACUUGUCCAAGCGGUCGUGGGAUAGAAUUACAUCAAUGACGUCGACUCAUUCACGAGUACUUCAAAGGCAAUAGUGACAAAGUAAAAGAAAAUCGGAAUAGCCGUCUCUGGUUUUGUUGUCGGCGUAAACCAACUACUAAAUCCACGCUGGGAACACUUUGAACUAAAACCCAGGAUUUCUGGUCGUGAAUCACUUGAGUGAAUGCUCUACUAUUCCAGUCACUGGCCCGCACCUUGUCAACUGCGACCCGAAUUACACAAAGCAACUUGAGAGGAAUGUUCAGCUCAUUUACUCGAAGGACGGAACAUACUGAUGACGUUCAAUAAGGCAGUAAUCGCCGCCUAAGUAUCUUUUUUCGUUGCCCUUAUUUAUUUGUAAAAGUAUUUUGUACAUUAACGUACAAUUUUGCCGGUAUGCAAAAUAAUGUAACAAAGUGACUGAACCUAUGAUGAUCACAUUAUCCACGCUACUACUUUCCAUCUCUCAGAAGCUGCGAUGGUUAAGCAUUUGUUCUUGAAAGUUAACUGAGUGUUUAUUUGCUUUGAGUAGAGGUGGCUUAUAAACUUGGCUAAACAACUGAACGGUGAAGACUGGUCCCUGUUGUUGUUUACCAUGCGUUCAGGCACUUAAAAUAAUUGCAAAUACACCUACUGUGUUAUGUUGUUGACGUCUAAAUUUCGACCGUUCUCAACCGUACAAUGUUUCGAAGUUAAAUAGCGCCAACUGUUUAUAUGAUUGAAGACAAUAGCUCCUUUUACGGUCUUAGGUCAAAGUUGGGAUUUUUUGCUGUAUUCAAAAUACAUUCUUUUUUCCUAAUCUAGGAACCUAGAGGCGUUUAACUUUUUCCAACUUAUUUAAUUUUUUGCACCGAAACAACCUUUUGACUGCAAAAUAUGUAGCACACAAGUGUAUGAUGAGUGAUUAAUAGAAGUAUACUUUGCUUGGAAAUUUGUCUCGUUGCCCAAAGCAGCUAACCGCAGAUAGUGUUGCUCACCAAUACGUUCCGACUGAUGAUUUAAAUGGAGUUGCUCAUAAUUUUUUGACGCUUUAGCUAGUUAACCAGUUCAGGAUCUCAGUGUACCGAUAUCUCGGAAGUCGUCUUACCUUCUGCAACGUCAUUAAAUCUGAAAGCAAGCCCACAAUUGAUAAUGUUACGAGGAGUGUAGAAAGUUCUAUUCGCAAGCGAUGUGUCCUGCUAUUGCAGUUUUUGCUCCAAAUACCUGCUGACACGGCGGUUGACCGGAAGAUUGCUGAUAUUGUAUUCGUUGCCUUUGUUGUUUGCUCAGUAAUGAUAGCUGCAGCCAGUAUACUCUAAACUGCUUUUAAAUAAGUAUUACAGCUAUAGGUGGGCAGUUGUCGGGGACGACUAAAAUAUGCGAGUGAUAGUUGUUAGGUGCGUGUUUGUAAUAUAAUUUGACAGUUCUUUCAUUAAACGCUCCACCUAGCGUGUUUUGAAUCCGUUACUAUAAGUUAACAUUCGGUGUUUUCCCUAAAAAGCGUAAACGGACGUGUCACUAUUCUCUGCCUAUUUCACGACAAAGGCAAGUUCACAUUGCAUAAAAUGAUGACGAAUUAGUUGUUUAGAUAAUUCAUCGCUAGUAUUAAUGCACGGAAAGCAAGCUGAAUUUUUAUUUAAAGAUUUAUUGACUGGCAUUCUCCUAUUUACUUAUUUUCUAAAACCAUUGAUAUUUGAUACGUUGUGGACUUUCCUGUGAUGCUAUGUCAUCUUCCCACUCCAGUAUAUGAGUCUACUUGUUUUAUUUAUUUGAAUAGUUGUUGCCUUAAUGUAUUUGGCAUUGAAGUGCAUUUACUCCCCUCCUAUAUUAAGUCGCAUGACCAGCAUUGGCCCGCAGUCGGUUUCUUCAUAUUUUUGGCAGGACACUGAAACAACUGCAUUCUUGUUGUGGAUUAUGCCGUCAAAGGUCUCUUUGGAUAUUAGCUGAUUUUAUAACGGCAUCUUUCUGAUACACAAAAUAGAUGUUUGAAUCUCAGCUUGAAUGUUAGCAAAACAUGGAGGUUACGCGAAGUUAAGUGCGACAAAAACAGACAGUCUAAAUUUCAAACUACCAAACCAGCAAAUAAUCGAGGCUUCUUUAAUCUCGCUUCUUACUUCCAGCGUUGUCUGCUUUCUAAACUGCGUCACGUUAAGAUGGAAAGCCGAAAACUACGUAAAAUAAAACGUCGUUUCAGCCUGCCGAUCGCCCUAAAAAAUUUAUCGUAUUUAAAUAUGGAUCCAUCACUGACGAAUGUCAGAAAGGAUAGUAAAGUGAGCCAGUCAACUUCUUGCAUUUUUAUCUAACUUUUUCGGACAAUGGAAGUCGAAAGUGUGUGCAUCCUCUUUAAUAUGUACAGCAAUUGAAGAGUCAUCAUCUACCCGUCCUGCUGCUACUUGCCGUUGGUGCAGUUGCAACUUAAGUGAUCGUCGUCAUUCUACUAUGCUUUUACUUGCUGUCUCAGACACCAAUUCUGAUUAUCACAACAGAGCUCUCCAAAAUGGCAAGGUGUUUUCGCGUUGACUGAUAUGUUGAAGGGGAAUUUUCGAUCUGUAGACUACAUCCAUUUCGAGAUUGGUCAUAAAAAACCGCCUCAAAAAUUAUACUAGUAAUAAGAGUAGUUUGUCGGACACUACAUUUUUUCUAUUCGGUUGUGGAGCCUUCGUCAUGCACUCGCACUACUCAGCAAGUUGGCUGCCAUAACCGCUCGUUAAAAAGAUUUUGGUGGUGGGGUUAUUAAACUCUGAAAAUGGAUGUUAUACUCUUUUUGAUUUUGCGUAUUGCAGUUACAUUUGAAGUCGGAGGCGUGUAAGACAGAGAGGAUAGAGGUUUUCGAAUCAAUAUUUGGAGAAAUUCCUUGGCGGAAAAUUUUACCAACGUUUAUCCUGCAGAAUCUCCACAAUUGCUCUGUGUCUCGAUUCUCAAGGAUAAAAAACCGAAAGAAAUUACAUAAAAAUCAAAUAAAUUUAGUAAUUUUCCGGCGACCGCUUUUGGGCCAUUAUGUGGUCAAGCAAGAAUUUUUUAUUUGUUUACGUUUGCUAAAACUGGAGAUAUUAUAUGAAAACAAGAAGUAAUUGGCGGCCGGUUGAUUUACUGGUCAGUUAAUUUGGCCGGUUCAGCGUCAGCAGUAAAAGCUGGUAUUUUUACGGGGUCGAUUUUGAGCCGUUCUUUUAGCUGCGUAACACUAAAAAUGAAUGUAAUAAAACCUAAGAUUUGAUAUAGCUUAGAAAACUGAUCUGAAAGUUAGGAAUUAUCCUAACUCGGACUAACACACACAAAACGAGGAAUGUAAAAUAGCAACAUUUAACGUCUAAAUUAUCUUGAAUGAUACAACCAAGAUGUGAAUCAAAAGUCGCAAGAUUACCAAGGAUUGUCUACUUUGAAAUACUUACGCCUCUGAAACGAACACGGGAACCAAGAUAGUUAGUGGAAAAAGGAACCAAAGAUAAAUAAUAAUUUGGGUACUAUUUACUAUAUAAUCAUUGCCAUAUGUUUACCCAAUCCUGAGUUUCCCGAGGAUUGUCAUUGUUAACGUACGUGCAUUUACGUCCUAUAAACUCGUUUGGGCACAAAUCUCGCGAUUAAUAGAGAAGUUUAAUAGAAUAUGAUUUUCGCAAAUGGUCAAAAGCCGCUUUGUACUUUAAAUAUACUUCCUGCAAUGUAGCUGACUAUAGUCCUCAUAUAUGGUCCGAUUAGAACAAGUAGUAUAAAUAUACUUAAAAGAGCAAGUCUUGAGGUGAUCCACGUAGACGGCAAGAAAAUAUGGCUUUUCAUGCGUAUAGUUCGCCAGUGUUUCCCUGUGGUUGUCUUCCAACAAUAAGCAGCAGCACGGUCUACAUGAAAACCAAUUUAGUCAUCACUCAUCAUGGCCGUUCGUACUGUGAUCCAGGAGGAAAGAUGAAUAUUACUUAAAUCACGUAUGGAAAGUAUAGUAUCGCAGCAGCUCCCUUGUGGAACACACUAGCGCGCUUGUCGGGAUAUUGGCAGAAUAUAUUUAUAACGUGGGGGAUACUGACAGGGCUCGGGAACCCUGGUCAAGUGCAGCUUUUCCCUUGUUAGUUCUCAUCUCAAAAACGCACUUCCACUCGUUUAAGCUCUCAGAUGCCUUUGGUCGUGUCGUUUAUUAUCUUUCAAACUCUAAACACAUCAUUGCUUAUAAAACACGUUGUUUUAUGAAUUGACGUAGUGAGCGACAGAAUUAUUUCAAAAAUGCCCGCAGCAAUUAGGGCAGCUUAUUUUAAUUACAUAUCAGGCAAAGAACCUCAGUGGUUCAAUCAUUUGCUGAUGUGAAUCAAUCCUAGAUUUUUCAUAUUUUACAGAUUUCACAAUCCAAUUGAAGAGAUUCGGGUAUCUAGGCCUGUUCUUCCACCAGUCAGUGACAACGUGCAGUUAUCCGUCGCUGAAUAUCGCAAUCGACUCUAUCAGGUACUGCUGAAACGUUUAUACGACCGCAGUCUUUUGAGGACAAAUACAAGAUUUGCCUCUCAUUACUGUAAUUUUGUCGUUGUAGGCAUUCACAACAAUGCACAUAUUGUAAUAAGAUACCACGAACAUCACAAACAAAAUAGCAAAAUGGACGCUUUAUGUGUCGUACCAUACAACCAAUAUACCACUAUAAAUCCAAGGUUUGCAUAAAUAACGAAACGUUAUUUCUGAAAAGUUGGAAGCUUCAAACUAGUACGUAAGACACGUAUAGACUAAGCUAGGGGAGAUGUAAAUGUGGGCUAACGCAAACUUGACCUAUUAUUAGAAUUCCCAUUGGCAUUUUGAUCUUAAGGGUGUUCAUGACUUACUAAGAAAAAUGUAUUUAGUCAAAAAGUGGUAAAAUUGACCACUUUUGUAUGACAGUCACUUAAAUAUACCAGUAUUUGUCAAAGGUAUGCUUAAUCAGCCCUCAUUUAUAGAAAGGUGACGUUUUUUGAAAAAGCCGAAACGAAGGAAAAUUAAAUAAAUAAGUUGGACAGGAAAUCUGGACCGAAGAAUACAUCAAAUUUCGAAGUUAAUCGGAAAUGGAGCCCUUCUUAAAAACUUAUGCAUAAAAGACUUAAAAAAAUUCAGUUCACCGACCCAUAAAUCGUCCCGAUGUCUCCGUGCUUUCUCAGAGAUGCUUAUUUGGAUUAUCUCGCAACAAAUAAAAAUAGGGAUAAAAGGCUCACGCAAAAUAUUUUAACCAUCGUCUUAUAUACUACUAGCGACUGAGAACAUGAAACUCCCACGUUUAUAGAUUGGGACUUUAUUUUUGGACCUCUAAAUAGGAUUGCAAAUUUAACACCACAACUACUCUAUUUAUGCAUAGAACAUUCUGCUUUUUCUGCCUAUUCCAACACCCAACCCAAUUUUGUGUAGCUUUAUUUCUUCAAUCUCAGUCGCGUUACCUUAUAGUCACCAAAUGACAGUGCAAUCAUUGUUUUCGACAAUGCCCACUCUGUGCUCUACUACGGGGUUGGAGCACGGACGGUGACUUGAGCGUGAACUUGUUUAUAGUAAUAACAGACUUUCGCACUCGCUCCUCCACCUCAGUCUGGGCUCGGUGUCUUGACAGUGUCGAGCAGACCUGAGGCGUGCGAGGGCCCACGUCACCACAUGCACUUGUCUGCCACGCACGGAUUAUCAGAAUUUUACACAAGGAAGGCUGGUUCGGAUCCAAACUGAGUGGGGGUGCAAUAAAGGUCGCUCUGAGAAGUUAUUGCGGUCUCGCUCUCCGCCCUCUAAGGAGAACCGAGUUAUCUCCUCAGUUGGCUCGCUUUAUGGGCAUUUCACACUUACCAGCCUCAUUCACAUUCUAUGCCCCCGGCGGUGUGUAAUUUAAAUUAUGCCUGAUCAUGCUGACGGCAUCAGUUAGGCAUGAGUUGAUGUUUAUAAUUGUUUUACGCCUGCAGCGAGGUACUUGCUUGUUGCAAAAGAUAGUGUAAAUUGUUCCCUUUUUAAUCUGACUUAUGUGUCGGUGCCUUUCCUCGGCACUUUUGCGACUAGUACGGAGUUCAAAGGCGAUUGCCUAACUUUCCCUUAGUAAGUCUGAAAUCUAAUACGUGUUAAGUUUGGCCUUAAACGAAUCCACGCUUAAGGAGAGCACCUUAGCGGCAGACUGAUCCAGGUUCCGAUUCUGCUACCAAAGAAUAACGUGCAUCCGUCAACUCUUGUUUUCGUAGGGCAUAUUUUUAGGGAUGACCGUGCAAAUUAUGCUUGUUAGACUGAGUGAAAAAUCGUUGGGGACAAAGCAGUAGUCAACGCCAUGGAAAAUGCGGAAAGUUAGUAUAAAAUCACCUCGUUGCUGCCUGUAGGAAAGGGGAGGAAGGUUAAGUGUCGACCGUUUUUUCAUGGGACAGUAAAUCCAGACCUCGGAUCGUUUUUGUCGUCCGUCUCCAGACCUUCCUGAAGACGGUACAGUCCCUGACUCUCCGGGGUCUCCAUGUCUGUAUCGUAUAUUCCAGAUGCGGCCGCGCGGAAGUUUCAGAUGCUAUGGAGAGGCCGUUAGUGUCAAUCCCCGUAAAGGCCGGCUCGAUGAGUUCCAGUAUAAACAUGACUUGUCCGCUUUCGUGUAGUUCAGCGUAAAUUUCAUAGGUGUUAUCCACGCGCCCAAUUCCCUCUGACUCUCAAUUGGUAACAGUGGUGUAGGAAUUAGAAAGUAGGUCCUCGAGCUGCAGACUGCAGCUGCAGUUUAAAGAAAUUGAAGGAUAUACACCAGAACUUCGACCAGUCCUCAAGCCGGCACAAGUUUGUUCGCAGGUGGUCUUCGUCCGCCGCAGUGUGAACAACUUUCCGCAAUUAUUGUCACCAGCGAACAAGAUGACAUCACAAUCUCGGUCUCUGCCGCGGUCAUUGAUAAAAACAAGAAAAAACUUGGGGCCAAAAGCUAAGCCCAGUGGGACUCCGUUCACCAUGGUUACCACUAGGAACUGUUGACGACCGACUUGCAAGUUGGACAUCAGAGCGAAGGUGGUUCUGCUCAAGAAACUGAAUCAACAAUUGCUAAAUUAUUAUGCAACAAAUAGAGGUAAGGUUCACUGGUCUGUAGUUAUUCACAGGUGGUCGAUUUUCACUCUUAAAUAGUCUCUGAUUUUCAAUAAGAGGUUGCGCACUCAGUAGAAGAUUAUGUUCGGAAUAACAGGGCUAAUGACUCGACCAUUUCAGAAGAGAGCUCCUUUAACAGGUUGGUCGAAAUUUCAUCGAGGACUGGGAAAGUCGACUCUUUCGGGUUCGCUUCUAAAGACGAACCAGAAGAACUCAGAGACAGGCUCAGCCUCCCCAAUGGCCCCUGAGAUUUUCGCAUCUUCGGCAGUUCGCAACAAUAGACUAGAAAUAUUCGUUCUUCGUACUCUGUUUUAUGCUACUGUGAAAAACUAGGGUUAACCACGGCACGAUUCAGGAGAUCCUUUUCAAAGACCCGCUAAUCCCUGGCUACAAGAAUUUUGGGCAAGAUGUGGUUACACAAUACUGUGGGGCUGGGGUUAGGGCUAGACUGGAGGGUUAGAGUUAAGCGUUAGGGCAACUAUUUCUCAAUCACGCAGAUUACAACCGCGCAUUCCCAAUAGCUUUCCUUCUGUAAACUAUCCCUUUACCUCGUCGCCUGUGCGUUCUCCGGCCUCACCUGUAAAAACCGCUAUUACCACCGGUUCCGUAUUACAGGUGGCUGGGGUUUGUUUACAUUAGGUGGAGCUACAUGACCACAUUUGACCGACUUUUGGUCCAUUUCCUCUGCUUCUUUAAGUAUUGAGUUACUCGCAUGUCCUAUCGAUGAGGGAUCUUUUCCACGACUUUCUCUUCUUGAUAACUUCGUUCUCUAAGGAAGUACUCAGCCACCGAGGUCUGUUCGCUAGUCCUUUUCGCAUGAUUUGGCAGUGGCUGGGGGGUUGAUUAUGGAAUAUCUCUUUUAAUGGCCACAGACCUCGUCGAUAUUGCUAGAGUACGUAGGUACCCAGUCGAUAAGACCAAGUUCAUUUUUAUUUGCUCGAAAUAGUCACGUUAGAUACUUGGUCGCAGGUCAGAUCGUUGGGCAUGUAGCGAGAAAAAGGCGUAUUAAUACAUGAGAAUUGCAUGGUAGCUCUGACCUAAUGGGGGUAAACAAUUCAUUAAAUCGAUUUUGGCAGGCGACUUACUGACCACAGGUUUUAGACAGUUCAUCGUCGCGAAUUAUAGUCGGAGGUAUGACGUGUUGAGUGAUAAACGAAUGACUAGCAGUAUGCAGAAGCUUCUCGUCAAAUGUGGUUUCAGAACAUCCGGCGCAGGACGAGUUCCAGUCGGUUUGAGGUUUGAUAAAGUGCCCAAUGUUGGGAAAAGUUUGCCAUGUAGCAAAAAAAUUUGAGCUCUCCCAGCAGUUGGGCAUUAGCAUCAGGGCCGUUUCUCUGGGGCUGAUACACUUCUAUGAAGUCGAGGCUUUGAGAACCCGUUACCUUUAUGGUCAACCGUAGCGCUUCAGUAUUACAAGUCAGUUUAGCAGUUUUCACCGAAACAUGCAGGCCAUUCUUUACACGUGUAAUUAUACAUCCACCCCCUAGGUUUUCUCUGUCUCCACAGAACCGUCGAAAUCCAGGUAGUGCCAGUUCCCGGUCGACAUCCUGUUAUUGAAACAACGUCUAAUGAGAGGUCAGAGAUACAGAUUCGAUGUCCGUCGAUUUUCAGAGUACACUUUGUGCUUAGUGUACAUGUGGGAUCCAUUUAAAAACCCGACACUUUCUACCGGUGUCGCUGUGUGGUCAUUCAGACCGACUUGACCCAGAAGGAAGACGAAUGUCGUCCUACCAUCUAGUUUUUGUAAAUUAUUAGGCUCUGUUCUCCGGUGGGUCGUCGCGUUAUUAAUUGGAGGAUCAGGUGGCGACGUUAAAAUCUUUCUGCAAGUGGGUAGUGCGGCUAGAAAGCAAGUUUAAAAAAUGCUUUAUCGAAGACGCCUCGAAGUGAAAAGUUUCACCUGUUCCUUGCUGCUUAGGACGAUUUUAGGGGGCCGUGGUCGUGUCUGUAGAGUGACCUUUGAACGGUUUCCAAGAAGGAAAGCUUUUAGGGUGGUGGUUUUUCCCACGCUUGCAGCAUUGUGCUGCGGACCUCAUGAAACGCUCUAAGUCUGCAGCCAAUCUUUCCUCGAAGGUAUAGGCAAGGACUCCGAAAGGCCCUGAUUUAGGAUUGUACUGACCCUUUCGAGCAUUACUCUAUUUUCUGCUGAUUUCUUACCGGUGGCUGAUUCUGCUGUUCUGUCAUAGUAGGCUGUGCUUUCGGUGCAUUUUCACCCGCUCAGUUCGUCUGUGGUUCCUUCUAAGACAUGGAUGUUUAUGCAUUGUGAUUGUUUUACGCUGCUCCUACCCAGAGGGCUCUGUGGAGUAGUUGACAUUGCCGAGCUUGGGACUUCCCGUACCCGGGUUUCUGCUCUGUUGAUACGGAAAUUCUUAUGGCGGCUUAUUACACUUUGGAUUUGCCACCCUGUUUUUGCUUUGGUGCGUUAUGCUCCGGAAAUGCGCAUGCUGUCUGUGGACUGUCUUGGUCAAGCGUCGUCUACUCUUGCCCCUUUCGUAGUUAAAUCUUUAUCAAUUUCAUGUCGUGUUUCCAACUGCUCUUCUGUCGAGUCUGGCACCUUACUUUUCGGAUCCUGGUGGUCCUUUACUGUGGUCUUCCGUGCAACUUCUUUCUUCUUCCUUUGCACUUUCUUUCUAUUCUUUAUUCUUUCCUGCAUUUAUUCUUCGGCGAGUCACACCUUUAUAUUUUAUGUUUAACUAAAGUGUGUCUUUCGGUUUUAAAAAGGUUUGUAAAUGAAAGAUUUUUUGAAACCACAAAAUAUCCAUUCAGAUAAUGUUGAAGCCGUCCAUCUAAUUCUACUCCUUUAAAGUAUGCAAUAUUUUAUACAUUCAUUGUAAGAAUUUAUAAGCCUCAUGUAGUAUUUUCUUAGAAGCGUAGAAGAAUGUGGGACUUUCUUCGCAUGUAGAGUAAACAGCUUGUAAAUCGUAAGCGCUAGACGCAAAUGCAGUGACAGAUCGCGUGCAAGAAAACUUGGGAUUUGGAAAAAAACAUUUCUGAGACUAAGAGAUGUCCUUUUUCGAAAGUAUAAUCUAAAGACGUGAUUUGUUGCUGAGUGAAACCGAUGAACGACAUUCUUGUGCAUUUUUCUGUAAAAAAUAUUUGAAUUUAUAAGAACGUCAAAAAUUUGUUGAAAAGGUCAUACUACUCAUGUUGUCAUUUUAUCAUGUGGUUUUUGCAGGCGGCCGAAAAGAUGCGCAUUUAAAGGGGAUAUAUUUACACAAAUCAAAUAUUUUGGACUAUGCUAAAUAACAGUCAGUAUUAAAACCACACUUCAGUAAUCCUCCCUGAUCGUAAACACAUUUUAGUAUUUCGCCAGCCUUGACGCAGACAGGUAACCUACCGCACACACCUGUGUAGUCAGACCCGCUUUACAAACUUAUCACCGUACAUUCUUCCGUUAAGUAUCGGUAACCGUUAAAUCAGACAACUUGUCAACGUUAUUUUAAUUUUUCUGGGUACAAAUGUUUUUCCAUCUGCUAAUUAUGCUCCCUGUUCUUUUAAUGUAACGUCUCUAGUUAAUUGGUGAAAAAAAGGCUCCUGAAAAAUCACGCAGGCCAAAACGUCAAUCUCGGACGCCCUCCUUUGACAAUUCGCUUCCUAGGACCGACUCUUUUAAACGCCAGACUACGGUCUUAAGCAGUGUGAGCACGGACGUAGCCAAACCUGCUGCUGCGAAGCAACCUGUACGUCUAGACGGAAGAAAUCUCCCUGUGACACCUUCUUCUCCACCGAAUGAAAGAAAGAGGUAGCCUUAGUUGUUAAUUAACCAUAUUUUUCAUUUACAACAUCCACAGUUGGAUUCUAUCUUCCAAAGUGUUUAGAAGGUCAGGCAAGGGGUUAACCUGAUUAGAUCUGAUAGGCAAUCUUUUCAGUUUCUCCAGUCGGUGGGGCAGAUGAAUUAAUGAUCUCCAAAGAGCAUUCUUCAGGAAGAAUUCAAUUACUGGCAAGUUUAAAGUCUUGGCAAACAAUGUUUCAGGUGGAACCCCGUUUCACUGCAGGAGCAUAACGUGAACAAGCAAGUAGGAAUAAGUCUCCAUGGACAGUUCAAGUCCAACACCUAUUUUUGCUAAAAUUGAGCGCAUUUUACAGAGACCUGACUGAACUACCCCAGAACCUUAAUUUUUACAAGGUUAUGGCUUGGUUUUUAUUUCUCCAUUAAGUCUUCAGAUAAGAAUGACUUUUAACUCUGCGAAUCUAUCAAGUUAGUGCCAUAAUGCGCAUUGGCGCGUUAGAAUUUUAAGUAACUCGCAAUCGAUCAAUACAUUUGCGCAAAUGCAUCAUCACAAAACGUGAUUCCUUCAUAAAAGGCAAAAGCUUAUAGUUAAAAGAGGACGUUUGGUUUCUUACUAGAGUAAGGAGUUAGUGUCUUCGUAAAACUUGCUGAGUGACAGCUCGGCCGUCGUGACCGACGAUGUCUGUCAUGUGUUCCACAGCAGGGCGAGAGUGGGCACGGCGAUUUACGCGUGAUUUCUUUAAUAAUGAUAGUAAACUUACGCCGCAUCCACCGCACUCUCUCCUUCUCCACCUGGGCCUGAUACUAAGACAAAGUCAGGAAGACCAGAGGCACGAGAGGGCGCGCGUGGCUAGCGCGUGUGGCUGGCGCGGCCAGACCCGCACCCAGGCGUGCCACUCCACCCUUUGGUCCACAACAAGUGCUUGACCAGGACUCUAACCAGCAGCAACAAAAACGACGGCUGGCGCGACUGGAGCCGCCGCUAGGCUUGCCUUCACAUCCCAUAAUUCCCAACAAAAUUGUGACCAGGAGAAAGUUAGAGGGAGGCCGGGACUACAGGUUGCGAUGAGCAGAUGAUACAAGUCUAAAGCGUAAACGGGGUUUGCGAACUUGAUUGUUGUCUUUCCUGUGUUAAUUAAGUGAUUAUGAACAAAAAUUCGCAACCACUAGACUCCCUUCAAGGCUUGCCGCUUCUCUCUAUGUAAACUGGAAUGUGUUUUAGUUUUCUCCUGUAAAUGCGUCAGAUUGUCCCAACGUUGUACCUCGCUCCAAUUGAAGAGGUGAAAACAUAGACACAUAAACAUUGUCUGAUGCGGCUUCGGCAAUGCUAGAUUCGCUAUGCGAAUGUCUAUACACGACAAAUGAGAAAUUACGUGAUUUGUUUUCUGUCAUACGUCACAGUUUGUGAAUUACCAAACGUAACUAGAACUAUUAGAUGGUUUACAAGGAGCGCACCAAGGUAAGCUAUUAACCUUGGCAACAGAAGGGUGAGAAACCCCAUUCAACUCUCGUUUGACUGUGGAUCAUUUCACAUGGGUGUUUUAUUGGCAUCCAUUUGUAGACCCUUACAGAUAUUAUGCUUCCAACAACAAUUAAUUCCUGUGAUCUCAGACACUAACUAAAACUCCGUUAUUUUUUGGAAACUUGCUUUCUGUUUACUCUUUAAUUAACACACUUUAUUUCGAUAGCAAUAUAAAUUUAUAGGCCUGAUGAGAAUUUAUCGAAAGCUUACGUAUGCUGGCCAAAUUGUCUUUUGAACACCUACUUCCACUGACAUACGAUAGCUUACGACAAACAUUUCGGUAGAGAUCCAACCAAUUUCUGUGUUGCUUUUGUCAGCUUACUGUUUGGCAUGCUGACUCACCCGUAAAACCCUCAUUACAACCAUUUUUGCAUAGCACGAUCCACAGUCUACCAACAGUUAAGAGGAGGUCCUUUACCCUGCCGUUGCCGGUAACUUGUCUGGCCUGCGCAGAUUUUCUCGUCCCUACCACUCUUAAGCUUUCUAGUACGGUGCCACCCAAUAAUGGAUUCCUUGGCCACCACGUCUACCUCUUGGGGCUUGUGGAAUAUCGCUCAGUCUAAAUUUUACUAGUCACGGCGAUAUUGAAUUUAGAAAAGGCCUGAAGUUUUCCUCUUAAAUAUGAAUAGCCGAAACUGGAUAUGAAGGGUAGUGCACCUACGAGACAAGUCGUCGUCACCAACCUGAUUCUUGGCUUUUCUGAUCUGCAAGCUUAUAUUUUUGAUCACUUGCAUACUGAGGAGGAGAUAUCUUGUCGGCCAUAAAACCCAUUCUAUCCGCGUCGAUGGUAAGGGAAACCUUUAGAUGUACAGUUGAGACUUGAAACAAUUUCCAUCCUUAACUAAAAGGAGACCUCAGGAAACCUGAUCUCACCAUCCUAUACCGCUGGAUUAGACGUGAUUUACAUCAGAAUGGAAAUAUUUUUGAUAUUUCUCCACGGUAAGUGCACACGAUUUGAGGCAGGAUCAACUUAACGAGGUCGCGUAUGCGCAGACAAGGCUCUUGACUAGGCUGAGGGUUGGAGCAUAUUUUGGGCUUAUCGCGCGAAACGCGGGCUUCUUCUGACAUUGACUAAGUACUGCUACAAUAUGUUUGGCAGGUUUUAAACAAUUCAAAUAGGCCCAACUAUGAAUAACUCGGCGCCUCGGUGGGAUUUGGACCCACAGCAGCCUUCACCUUGUUGAUGCUGGCUCAAAUUCUACUGAGAUGUCAAGUUCUUCACGGUCGAGUCAACAUAAACGUUUUGAUCAAUUGUUCUUGUAACGUCGAUUGUCGAGCAUUUGUUAAUUCUCUCACCCUAAGCACCGAACGGAUGCUUUGCUUGACACGCCGACGGCGCCAUCUGACUGCAUUGGUAUCCAUACAUUCCGGAACUUGGACCAGAAAAACCGGUUGCGUUAAUGCGCAAAAACCACUCUAUUUUCUCCUAUGCGUCCAAGUAAAGAGUAAUUCGGGUGUAUUUAGGAAGAGGAAUAUGCAUGAUACGGAAUUCAUCGUCAAUCGCAGUGCCCGCUGUCAGUUCAAACAGAUCCCUGCACCAUGAGAGAGCUGAGAGAACUAUCGAUUGAUACUUUGGUGCCUUUGCUUAUACUGAUAAAUCCUACGCAAACUAACACUACCGCGGACCACUUAAAGCCGUCACUUAAGAAUUCGACAAAUGGCAGUAUUUGAAGCAAUACUUAUCCCGGUAUAUGUUAGAAAACGCGCAUUCUAAGAAAUUUGAUUAAAAAUAAGUAAGAUUCUUUGGAAGGAGAAUAAACUUUUAUGCGUAAAUUUUGAGACUGGUUCCCGGUUUGAAUUUUAAGCAGGCAUACACAGCAGAAUUCACUUGAGCCAACAAAUUUCGCGACAGCAUAUCAACUGCAACCUGUCGCUGCAUUACAAGGAUAACGUAUGAGAAAUGUAAAACGAUUACAAUUCCAUGGAAAAAAUCAAUGCAAAACGACAAAGCCAUCUUAGGGCGCACAGACUAAUCAAUGAAAGUGAUAACUUAGAAACAUAAUUUGGGAAAGAAAGUGAGGAAGUAAACGCACAGAGGGAGUACGCAAAUCAAAGGGCCGAGAUUUAUCGGGGCAAGCUGAUGUUGACCACUUGGUCCAACUGUUUGCAUAGGUCGAAUUUCUGCCACCGUAUGUAGGCUACCUCCAAGUGGCACAGUGUUCGAGUUGUUCGUGCUUGAACUAGUACUCAAAGGGAUGUUUUAAGGCCAAUUUACUGGACAAAAAUCCGAGUGGUGCUAAAACCGCGCAAUCCCUAAAACCGAGGGGGCAAAUGUAUUUCCGGACUACAUGGAUUGCCAAAAACGCAUAAAAAGGACAUCAUCCUACGAGAAAUUCUGUCUUUGUCUUAUUUACCCCCAACACCGUCGAGGACAGUGGCUCAUCAACGAAUUAGAAAUAACCCGACACUGAUUUUCGACUUACACGAAAGAACGCAGUUUUCAGUUUAUUGAAGAAAUCAAUUAUCAAAACUUCUCCACCAAAUUCAUGAUCUCCUCGGACGUAGAAUUACUUUUUUACAAAUAUGCCACUUGAUGACACAAUACAUAUCAUAUGCGCCCAUGCGUCUGAACCCCGUCUUUCACCCGAGAUAAUACCAGAAAGCACCUAGACAGUGGUCACUCCGUUGACUCAGAAACCAUCUUCUGAGUACUAGUUCAAGCACGAACAACUCGAAAAUUGUGCCACUUGGAGGUAGCCUACAUACGGUGGCAGAAAUUCGACCUAUGCAAACAGUUGGACCAAGUGGUCAACCUCAGCUUGCCCCGAUAAAUCUCGGCCCUUUGAUUUGCGUACUCCCUCUGUGCGUUAACUUCCUCAAUUUCUUUCCCAAAUUAUGUUUCUAAGUUAUCACUUUCAUUGAUUAGUCUGUGCGCCCUAAGAUAGCUUUGUUGUUUUGCAUUGAUUUUUUCCAUGGAAAUGUAAUCGUUUUACAUUUCUCAUACGUUAUCCUUGUAAUGCAGCGACAGGUUGCAGUUGAUAUGCUGUUGCGAAAUUUGUUGGCUCAAAGGAAUUCUGCUGUGUAUGCCUGUAUCAACUAGCAGUACGUCAUAAUCUUCAGGAUUUCUGGUUAACUUGUAAACUUCCGUUCGUUAUGUACCCGUAAUGGUAAAUAUUUAGGCCACGAACUUAAUUAUGUGAAUAGCUUUCCUGUCGAUGUAGGGACUAGUGAGUAUUGCGUACGAUACGUGAUUGGUUUUGGGUGGAAACUUCGCGUCACAUCAUCACGUGCGCUCGCUAUCAUUUUCAGUCUCUGGGGCUCGAUGGAUGGAAUAAAAGGCGUUAGCUAUAUCCAACCCAGAUCCAAAUCCUAAUUCCUCGUCGUGAAGUAUUGGAUGUGAUUUUAACUAUCCCGACGAGCAGAACAUCGUGAUUCAGAAUGUUGUUAAUUGAUUGUAUAACUUAUUGUCACGCAAGACUUUUAGUCAAGCUGUAAAGACUCAAUAAUAAGACGCUCAUGACAAUACACUAAUGUGCAAUUUGGAACUCUAUGCGACCUGUCGCAUUUUGAACGGAGAACCGGUUCGGGUUAGAUACGUAGACAGGUGGAGGGUUUCUUUCGCCACAGCGUCCAUUCUGAUGGCAAGUCGUUUGAAAUUCACCUUGCCAUCUGAACAGAAUGAGCAUAUAUAUAAUAAAAGGAGAAAAUGUAGCAGAAUUAAUUCCAAUGUUAACAAAGCCAGCCAAGGGUCACCAUAAUAUAGCACGAAAGCACCUCAUUAGUAAAGUGUAACGGGGCGAAUCUGCAGUCAGUCAACGCACACACGUUUGCCUCGUUUUUAUAUUGGAAUAAAAUAAAUGUGAGACAAUAGGUGAAGCUUAUUGGAACGACUUUCAAGAAUCUUUCGUUAUUGGGAGACGACACUUGAUCCAUUCCAUUUUAUCCUAGAGGUCUAGUCUGCAUAGAUUCGCAGUCAUCACAAAACGAAAACUAAUAAGCAAUCUUUUGUUUUUACUAAGCCUUAUUUUGAAUCGCAAAUGGGAGGUUGUUGGUCCCAGGACCGCCUGUAACCCGAAAAAGACGGCGUCCCAUCUACUCCGUUUCACAGUCAAAGCAAAUCGUUAGAACUACCUGUCAUUUGUUGCUGGAUAUUCCCGAUCGCCGCUGGCAUGACUAGAUUCCAUGGUUUAAUAGUAGUGUUUGGCCUAAACGCUCUAUUUACAAGUAAUUUGGGUUCAGGCCCCGUUUCUUCCUUAACAGUAGAUAGAGUUUGUUUAACUGACGACGACACAUGAGUCUGGACUGAGCGCUCCGGCUGCCGUUUUUCAGUAACACUUAGUUAUUGUUGGAUCUAGACAAUUAUCCCUUAUUACUAUCAAGCACACACUUCGCAAAUAACCUUAAGUGCAACGGAGGCUCUUUUGGGCUGAGUCUUUCUUAUUUCCGACCGAUGGGCAGGCCCUGGCCGCGGGCGCUAAGCCAAGACUCAUGUUUACUUCAUACAAUAGUAAAACUUAUGCUAAACACACCGGCCGCAAUUAAAUAUGUCCAGAAACACUAUAAAUUUUCCUGACGAUUUUACUAUAACUUAUCUGGAUCCAACUGUGCUCUUAGUGAUCGAUUAUGGAGCCAACUAAUCCGUCUUACCCUUUCAGUUCCAGGUUAUUGUCUUCGCAGCCAAUUGAGGUAUGCAUGGGCAGAACACCGAUCCAGAAUGCUGCGUCAUAUCCGCAUGUCGAGCAGAAUCGUGAGAAGAGUCCCCACUACAAAAAUACUCAACCGCAACAUAAUAACAGCGAAAAACACCUCCCUUCAGCAACGAGCGACUAUUUCUCAGGUCAAUCUAGAGACGUGAGUGCAAUGUGGACUGAGAAGGAAGCAAUUCAAAAGGACGAGAACAGUGUAAGACUGCGUCAUGUUUCCCAACCUACCGUCUGUUUUUUUAUAGUCCUCUGUUUCAAGUUUCAAAGUUUUCCAACGUCCAACAUGGCCAAAUCAGCGCCAACUGAAGCGCAGCAAUAGCAGACUGUCCAUUCGUUCAGUCAACGAUCGUGCCAGCAUUUACCCAAUCGCCGAGCGGUCUUUCUCUUAUGGGCCCCACCCCUGACUACCCAUUGAUGCCUGAGAUGUCCUAUCGCCAAAGUUAAAGAAUUAAUGCCCAGUCUGAUAAAAUACCUUUUCGCAUUGUGAGACUUUAGGGUAUUUCGCCAGGUUCUCUGUGUAAAGAAAAAAAUCGUCAUCAAGCAAAUGCGAGACAGUAUAUUUUUCUUUCCCUACGUUUAUACACCAAUAAAAAGUACAGUAAAAUUGCUUUCAACCAACUUAUAUCUUUUCCCUGACAUUUGUAAUUAGAAACCGGGCCAGUGCUUUCGGACGUAAUGCUUACUUGUGCGAUCCUCGUCAUGCUUUUAAAUAAUCAUGCCUUUUACUGAGCAAGAAUAGCCAUAGAAACGUGGACUUCAUAUUAUUUCAGUGACGUAGAAGAAUAAAGGUACGCCAAGUUGAAUGCUGAGAAUUAUGCGACGACCAAUUGCAAACUGUACAACGUCGAAGGAGAACUUAAUGGCGUAUGUCGACCGUUCUGAGUAUUUGUCAGAGACGAAUAAGGAAGAUGUCCUCACAAGUUGUUCUUAUAAUUAGGUAUUAAUCUGCUUCCAUAUAGGAUUUUGGCGUUAAAAUUCAAACGCCCUCCGCAUGCGUAAAUUAUUGACCGUUAGAAAACACCUCGAAUCAUGGUCCGCCAGUGCUCCAGUGUCCUCUCAUGUUUUAUUGUAAGGAAAGAAUUCAGAAUUUCCCUGCGGACUGCAUUUUGACAGUAAACCGCCGAUUGAGCUGUUUCGGUGUCAGCAUGCUAACAAAUAUGUUCAAGAUAGCUCUUGUAUUUUCCUAAGCUCUCUGGCGCUUUAACGUUUGUCUACGCGUGAGUAAUUCCGGUCUUCGUUCAACUUUCUCGAUUUUGUUGGGGUUUGGAUAUCUUCAACUGUCAUGAGUUCUACAUAUGAGCGUCUUAACAAAAAAACACGUAUAACUGGUUAAGACAGUCAAAAAUAGGAGCUUCAAAAGAGUUUUCAAAUUGCGAGGUUUAAAGCUUCUAAAAAAAGGAAACAUUGUGCUCGUUAUCGGUCUUAGGGGUUAAAGAAAAACCGGUCGACAUUGUAUUUAAGGUGCUUAUUUUCUGAUUUUCAACAGCAAUCUAGGUUUUCAAGGAGAAAAACUAGUUUGGAAAAAUAUCUACAUGGUCAUGCAUGCGAAAGUUUUUAAUACUGACUACAUUUCACGCACCGGUUUUCUCAAAGGCCAUUGCACAAAAUGCUGGGCAAAAUUAUCCUCUACUAAACUGGACUUAUAAUAGUGCCACAGAAUUCGUCGUUUAAUGCAGUAACCUCGAAGUUUUGUCUUUUUAUUUUUUGCAAAACGCCAAAACUGUAAUUUGGUCCGAUCCUUCAUGUUUUGUAUCAGUCAAAGACGUCUCCGUUCUCCACAAACUUCGUCCAAAUCAGUGGUUCGGACGAACAGAAACGGAACUCCACGAUUUCCAAGGUCGAGGGAGCCAUCGGCCAAGAGAAAAUAGGCUCGUAUGCCUUCAGGCAGGAUGCGAGCGAAUACCCCUCAUGGACUAAUUCAGAAUUGAUUGCCAUCUGUAAGAUUUAUGUCUGCUAAUUUGUCUCCAACCUUGUUUUGAAUGGAAGGAGGCAUAAUUUUUCUGUUUUUGGACCUUUGUCUUGUUGCCAUUACAAAAGGUUUAGAAACUUCAGCCUGAAUAUGGGUGGAGCCUUAUAUUCUCCGAUGUGUUAGGCCUGCUUCAGAACUAUGCAAUAUUUUCCAGUUUUCUUAGAGCAUCAUAAUACUAUCAUGUCGUGAGAGCACAUCAAAUGGUUGGUGAACCGUUUUCUUCAUAACUUUAAAAUACUUUGUUUUUUGAACUUCCAGUACCCAAUUCCCUCACGUAGUGUUUUAAAACGCUGUUAGUUUCUGCAAACUACUUAUUCGAUAUUAACACUCCUUAUAUUUUCCUUAGACCAAUUAGUGACCAUACUGGUACAAACGUUACUGGAGACCAAAUCUGUGUAAAAGUAUAAACAGCCCAUCUUUGGGUUCGCCGUCAAGCAAUAAUAAUGCACAAGACUAAAAGCUUUUAGGUUGAGGAUGGACGGUCAUUACAUAUGCCCUGACCCUCAAUAAUGCCUCGCACUUAUAAGUACAGCAUUCCCUUGGGAGUGAUCUUUCCAUAUGAGAGUGUAAUAAGAUGUAGUAAUAAGUUUUAAGGGGUCUUUAUAUAUUCAAAAAGAUGAGGGCUUUGUGGCAAGUUGAUAUACGAGUACGCGUAGAGGACUCUCGUUUGAGAUAAUAUGUCACUUUACUUUUACUGACGGAACUGUCAGUACCUAUUUAACUGAUUUUUCCUCAAGAUAAAUGCACACAGUGAUGCUAUGUGAGAAAUGGUUUUUCUUACUAAAGAAAGCAGUGAAAGUCGACAAUCCGGUCUUUUGUAAAACUGGCGUCGGUUUUCGUCAGUCCAAUAUGGAACAGUUUUGGGGAAAGGCAGAAAGGGCUAGAACGACGAUUUCCGGCUUAUUCGCCGUCAUCGGCCAACCAUACCUGAAAUGCAGGCUCCGCGAGCCGUAAUUUGAGGACCGGUCAAAGCCUUUUCUUGUGAGAAGGUAUCUUUAAUCGACAGAAAUUCACUGAAAAGUUAACGGGAGAUUCUAAAGGCACUUUCUAUUUUUUGCUGUCAAAAGUGGUUAUAUUUUAACACGUGUGCAAAGACGAAGUAGUUCAUUUGGUUCUGGAUCCAAACGCUCAUUCCCAAUUUCCCUUUUAAUUGUCUGGGUAAACGACCUUAAGACUAAACAGUACCACAAAAUUAAAUACAUAAGAAGUAUUUUUGUUCAUAGAAGAAACCAACCCAGGUAGCAAAAUAAAAGACCACUCUUCUGAUUGCUUGUGUACAACUAUCAAAUUUGCAAAUACAUGCGUGCUUCCCCUUCGUAAACAAUAUUUUUUGGGUGUGGUAUUUAAACUUGUGCAACGCGAAUGCAUGCUGCGUUAUCUUCUAUGCCAUAUAUGCAGGAAUACGAAUUUUUAUGUUUUAUUAACCACGCUACAGGUUGCAGCGGAGGGCAACAUAUUGCCUCAUUUACUGUCUAUUCUUUUAGCUUGGUUGAGGCACUUUUUCACCAUCAACGGACUUGUCUAAUCUGUACCUGUGGUAAAAAAUCACAGACGACGUUUUUGACGGCAGUGGUUGCUAAACCUUGCAUUCUAAGGCUACCUUUAGGUGUUGCGACGGCAACAGUUUUAUCUGACCAAGCGGACUGAAGUAGUACAAAACGGAAAGCUCUUUAGCUUCAUAUACAUUCUUGUCUGCCAGUAGAAUUUUUCAAAUUAUUGAUCGGUCCUUUUUAUUGCGAACGCUACCGUCACAUAAUGUCUGCACAUCGUCUGGCAUACCGGCCCGUCAGAAGACUUUCCUACAGGGCCAACUUGAACACAAGGCGGCAAACACCCUCGAAAAAACAAAGCCCACCAGCUGACCACAGGGAUGUUUCCCAUAGCUCCCACAAGCCACUAAAUCAACCGGGCUGUGUCAUAUUAUCGGAGAUAUUUUAACACUCAGCGCACGGCCUAGAUGUACAGCGGACAGAAGAAGAAAACAGUUUAGUUUCAGUGCAAAAUCAAAACUUUUCUGUCUCUUAUUUUCUCCUGAUAAUUUGGAAUUGGCCCUUACUGUGGUGGUUAUGGUGCAACAAUUUCUUUGGCCCCUACGACGCCACUAAGCGCAGAGCAAAAGUCGGUGAUCCAAAUAGCGUUAGGUAAUUUGUGUAGAGUGUUAAACAGUGAAUUUUAAUAGCAUAGCUCUUCUUAAAAAUGUAAUAAAACUUGCGUUUGGUUGUUGCAAUUUUUUGCAUAUAGCGGUCACUUUAAAUUCACCAACAGGAUUUUUAAGUAGUUCUUAUUGCUUAGGAUUUGGGCUGGACGAGAUUACAUGUCGUUGAUGAAUACACACUUAGAGUUUAAAGUGUGCGGCUGUACAAAGAUAUGAACAAAAUGAAAUCAAAAUAUAAACAAAAAUAUAAACUUAAAACACUCGUUGGACGGCUUCCUUCCAUGCCUAGAAAUGUAUAAGUAUUUUAAGAGUCUAUUAACACUUUCCUGUUGCGAAAAUGAUCGAACAUCUUCAAUACUGUCUUAUUGGAUUGGUAAUAUCCAACUAUGUCAAGUGUCCAUCAUGCCUGUCAAACAGGGCCUAAGGGUAGAUGUAGUUUUCAGUCCCGUUUCAAAAGCUGGGUCAGCAUUAAUGCAAGCCUGUCCACCUGUACUAACGGGCAAAAGUGCAAGCCUGUACUUCACCCCGGAAAGAGGGAAAAUCGAUAGGCGCACGCCCACUCAAUAUCAGCACGCUUAACUCCAGGCGACAGACGCAGCUAUGAGUUUCAAACAUUUGGGGAGUAAAUAACCUAAGUUUAAGCUUUAUGUGUACCGAACCCGCCAUUCAGUAUGUCCAAUUUGUAUUCGCGAGUAAGCCAGCCCGGUUCCUAGUACACGGUUAGCAAAUCCCUUUUAAUAUAUUUUGCAUUUUCAUCUGAUGGCCGAUAAUGUAUUGGAAAAACCAGGAGCAUUUCAAAACAAAUUAAAGCGAUGAAUCAGUUUUAUUUAACUUAUGUUGUUUAUUUACUCCAGGAUUCCUAAUAAGAAUUCUGCCGGAUGCUGUCAAAUUCUAAAUUCCCAUUUCGGAAUUUUGGUUAAAAUGGAUCGUCGUUUUUGUUUCUAAGCGAAUACCCUCAAGUAGUAGAUUCUAGCCAUUGUUUCGAAACAAGCCUUGGAGUGUAACCUCUCGACUACAUUUUUCGUAGUCUUUUAUCCUGCUUCAUAUAACAACCACAACUUGCUCUGACUUAUGUUUUUUUUGAUAUUUAUUUUUGAAGUCUUCUUCAUACUAAUGUUUCCCAAAUACUGCAUUCAUAAGUUAAGUCUUAUCUGUAAUUAUGAAAACUCAGAUCAAAUUAGAGGUCAAUUUCCAGACAUAAGUUGAGUCAGUAUUGAUUGAAAAUAUUUUUUUGCCCUGUAAGCACCUCAAUUGUUGAUUCUUCUCUUAGGAAAGUACAAAAGUAAACUUCAUUUAUCACUUUGUUAUUUGACUUGUUUACAAGAUACGAAACUAUUGGCAUCCGCCUAGCAACGAGAAAUGACCAACGGAAAGGAAUAAAGUGGCCCUAUAUGAGAUCUAACUUUUCUUUUUUUAUUUUCGCCGAAGUAAUCGCUUAUGUGUGUGAAAUUCGAGAUGGAUCCACUGCGUUCGACAAAACUCUGAUCCUCUUCCUCUAAAAAUUCAUGUGUUUUCUCUUACCUUUCGAAGCUAACAGUGGUCCACGUCCGCGGGAAGAAUUGGUAAACGCACAUCCUAACAUGCCGACAGCGAAGUCAGUCCGUUCGCAAUCGAUUUCAAGGUGUCAGUCGGUUGUCUGUUCAAACGGAACUUCGACUGUCUCCACACCCACGCGAAAAUUAUCUCCGAAUCUAGCCACAACAAUAUCGGAGACUCUUGAGUCAAAAUCAACCAAUUUGUCCAGGGUCUGCAUUUCUGUAUUACUAAAGCAUAUUAUGUAUGUACUUCCCAAAGCUAUUAGAACAGUAACAAUGUCAGACUAGACGAAAUAGGGGAUUUGCAGUCAAAAAAUGUAGGUUGUCGGACGGAUGUGAACUGCGGGCCUUCUGAUACUGCUCCCGAUGUAGUACCACUGAGCUAGCAGGUACUCCAGCAAAGAGCGGCGUGCCUGUUAGCCUAAGUUCGCAAUGAGCAAAUUCUCGUGUCUAGUGAUUAAUAUGCAGUCGUUGACAUUUUGCGUCAACCCCUUCAAGCGCGACCCAAUUUGACGACCCGGCUACUUGGGCGAAGGUCACAAACCGUAGCGGUAUAAUGACAUGGUAAAUGUUGCGCGCGGUCCUCAAGCCUAGAGUUGGUGUGACGGGAUGUAGAUGGAUAAGCCCACCUUUGACCUCUGAGACCGAGCAAAACUAUUCUUCACUGAACCGCAUCAUGUAAUUGUUAUUUUAGAGGAAGUUAGUUCUACUGUGGAAAUAUAUACCCAUCCAUCCUUUGAGGGUUAACUUCGCAGCAUUCGAUGCUUUAAACACUUUGUAAAGGUAAGCCUAUUAAGUGGAAUAUAUUAACCAGGAAUGUCAACGAUGGCCUUUAUAAAAGAUUUUCAGACGAUUCUGAGAAGAGUAAUCCGCACUACAAACAGAGCUACAUUACUGUAAAAUAAGAAUUGCUAGGCUAUGAAACGCAGGAUGACAGAUUGUGAAAACAUUUCCUUGACUACCUAAAUGGGCACAACGGAAACAAAUUAAAGUAGAACUGAUACGAAGAAAUCAGUGGGUUGAAAUUAAAGGUGUUGGGACUUAGGAAAGUUUUUACAUUUUCAGUGAGUCAUCUAUUCUGAAAAAUGAAAUCCCUGGCAUUGGCUUGGUUCAUAGCGAUCACUUUAAGUAUGCUCCUUCUAAACAGAUUCAGUGAAAUUAGAAUGGAGUCAGUCCAGAAGCUAGUGUCAUUUGAUACCGCGACUUUAUUCACGUCUACAAAGUAAACAUCAGCAGCAAGGGAUAAAUGACCUGUUGACUUCCUUGAACUUUUUGAUUACGGUUGUCCUCCAAAUCUUGAGAAGGCUGUGUUUAGGCCGUACCAAAGCGAAGUUUCGCACGACUUAUUUAGAACUUACUUGACAAGGACAUGAUUAACAUUCUUAAAACAAAGCCAACUCGGUGACUUCUGAAAAACUGUUAAAUAAGUGAGAAAACUUUGGCCGGACGCCACUUCUUGCCGUCCUCGUCUGCCGCCAGACGAAUAUGCCACAAGUGGUAGAAGGGUUUUAGAAAACCGACGCAUAUGACCCUUUUCCCCCAUCCUACCAAAAAAGAGAAACUUAGAACAAAACUCCAGCAGCCAGUUGAUUCAAGCUCAAACAUUCCCUAAAAUCACGCGCAACAAACGGCUACCCCUGAGGUUCCAUUAAUUCAAUCUGACAAAUCGAGCGGCAUAUAAUCCUAAGAACAAAUCGGUCUCAUAUAAGGCGAAGUAUUCGUAUGUAAAACAAGACUCGGCCAAUGUAGCAAACGUUUUUGAUUGCCCACCUAAGCAACACUUUCUUACGACUUCGAUUUUGGUAAAAAUAUUAAAGGGUUUUUGAAAGUUUGACCUGAUAUUUCUCCCCGAAAAUAAAUGAAUUCUGUGUACUCUGCCAAUUUCCCGGCAUUAUCAACCCUUCAGGUCUGUGCUAAUGGUUAAUUUAAGAAUUUUAUUCCAACUGUGCAACGGCAUGUUAUUUUAGCAGUGAAUCGUCAUUAAAACAACAUAAACCUUCUCUUUUGUGUGGCGAAACGCAUGCAAUUUCUUCGUUCCUUCCUUAUUUUACAAAUUCUGAAUAUAAGUUGGAGUUGAUUAUCCAACGAGUAUCUCCAUCGAAUUGUUAAGUGGACCAAGACUUGGGAGAUAAUGCUGUCACGAGUCGCGUCUGUUUACUUUACUAGUAUAUUUUCGUUGUCCUACAGACGUUUAUCAUAAAAUGCUAGCAAGGAGAUUGUUGAUCUAUCCGCAUAUUUUACAAUAAAUCUUCCUAGAUGGGAUCUGGAUUGAGUUCAAAGGAGUCGGUUGCGGCCGCGCAUCGUCUGGCCUCCAAGAAACAAUCAACACCUGUGCAAUUACCCGACAGUGUCUCUGCAAAUUCAUACUUGUCUGUGUACGCCAAUCGCACUUGUCCUACGCUCUCGGCCAAACAGCGAUUUCUCGUACCCACGUUUGCUCAACAGCGCUCGGUGAACGGCGAUGUACAAAUCGACCGCACUAGUGAAGUUCCCAACGGCAAGCCAGUUUCCUCAAAAGGCUUUCCCGAACAAGAGAGUUCCCAUGGAGUUGGCGGUUAUGCGACGGUUUAUCUUGACAACACUGAAUUAGAAACUGUGUUGCCGGUUAGGAAGAGGUCUGUCUUGUUCACACAACAAGUGAGUCAUAAUUGUGGUUUUGGGAGAAAAAACAAAUUAGUAAAUAAAUUCACUGCCCAUGGCAAGUCCUCAUCGCAUCCUUGCCGAAAAACUCAAAUUUAUUUAAACGAUUGAAUUAUUAGUGAUUUUCGCUGAAAAUAAUUUUAAUUCUACGGUAUUAUGCUUCGCUCACUUUUACUUUGGGAAGACUGCGUGGUAUAAAUUGAAUUUUCUUCAGAGACUGCUGCCGAACAAAACACCCGCGUAUAUCUAAUUCGCCAAAAGAGCCGUCGUCGUGUCGCCUUGUAAUAACUGUUAUCGUUAUCCGAACAUAACGUUCUCCGCAUCGUCAUUAAUUGCUUGAUGUGGGGCUAUCAUCCUUACUGCAUUUUCGAUUUUCUGGCAACAUUGAGAGGCUUGUUACGACUUGCUGAGUGCGUCCGGUCUCCCAAGUAUUAAGAUUCUCUUGACAAGGAAGAUGAAUUCUCGUCAUGACCUUUGGUGUGUCAUAGAUAAAAAUCCACAACUACUUCAUUAUCAAUGGCAUACGAUGACUUCAGUUCGAAAAUUCUAAGUACACAUUAGUCUGAACGGUCGAGAAGUGUUUUGCCGCUUCUAUUUUCGCAGACAAUUAAGAAACAUUGCAGGUCUUCCUCAGCUGUUUUGGGGAUGUCAUUUGUGAUAUCUUCGGACUGGCCAUUAGUUGCACUAACGAUGCUGUACCAAGGAGAAAAAACUGCUGAUAAAUAUUGCCAGAUAAAAGAAUCAUCUUGCUUCAUCUGCAACAUCGAUGUAAUCAACUUCAAAAUUUUGCAAUAAUUCUCGAAACUUCAUUAAUUCAUACUGGUUAGUAUUUAGGAUUACGCCAUCCAUCCCGCCGUGCGCCUUUUAUUUAUACGGCGUUCCAUUUUCCACCGAGAUAAGCAACCAUCCGUCGCUUUGAAAUUUACUUUGCUCAGUCUUUCAGCAUUCCUCUGCCAGUUCCAAUGGCAGGCCAUUACCUGUGAGCCCUUCAUUCUCUUUUACGUCUUUUGGGAGGAUCUCUGGUGUCUGUCAAUUCUCCUCGUCGUUGGUAAUUUUGAUGUAUCGCACGCGUGGUCGCAGAUGUUGGCACGACCGUCCUUUCUGUUUUCUGAUGAUAGACCUGGGUUGUUGGUUUUUACGCUGGUUCAGUAGGACAGUACCUCCAAGUGACGUUUUUCACGGCAAUGCAGUCGUGUACUAGGAAAUGAUGAGUACUACUCAUCUGACGCAAUAUUUUCCACUAGAACCAAUUUUUCGACCUGCUUCAAACCUGUUGCUGUCUUCCUCCGCCACCGUACAGUCAGGCCUUGACCUGUCGGGCUCGCCAGUUCUCACGGCUGGCUGAUAAGGGUGACCUGUUCCUGGCUACUUGACUGAACUUGCGACCGUUAGACCACUUAAUUAUCUGUUUGAAAUGAAAAGUAGCAUUUCAGCCUUAGUAGACUCAAGUAGAACGUUAACUCUAAUAGGUAAAUUCGACUCGUAUACGAAUACACCAUCUGUUUCUCCUCCUAACCUCUGGGAAAAGUAAUUUGUUGAGCAUUUAUCUGAAAUUUACUCUAUUUAAAUGAUUGCAGAAGUCUCAACAUACAGGCCAAUCAUCUCAAGUUUCAGCGAAAGAGCUUAGCGCGUGACAUGUUUCUUCCACGAGGACGAUGUCUUCUAUAGAGGUGACCACCGUCUAGAAAUGAAGUAGGGAAUAUUGCGUUUAUCUGUUCAUUAAAUAUGUUCAGAGAAGAUUUCGGCAUGUAUUAGCAGUAUCUGCGAGGUUCUAUAUCUUGUUCAAACAUUAACAUCUCAAAGUUUGUCUCCGAGACUGAGUCUCAAGUACGUUUAUUGCCCAACGCACUGUUUUUGGUUAGGUGUUCAUGGCUGUUGUUUCGUCAUAGUGAACUGUGAACUGGUGACGGAGACAACUUUAAAAGUAGGUCACGCAUGUAGUUCAGCAGGUUCAUCCUAAAGUUCCGAAUGUUAACGAAUUUACUCCGCAAGUCGGGAGUUAAUGGAAAACGAAGGUGUAUGGUUCAUAUAUUUCUGAUUCUAGUUUGAGGGGGUGGCUCGAAUGUCCCGCGACAAACCGUUUCUGGUUGAGUAAGUUCCACACUUACCCUGGUCUGCCGUCAGAAGGCUUGUGUUGUUUAGAUAAUUAAUUAUACAAACCGUGCGAUUCCUUGCCAAUGUUUUUUAGCGUCUACUAGUUACGCGAGAUUUGGGAGGGGGAUAAACUCACUGGUUUCUUCGGAUCCUCUCAUGCGGUAAGAAGCAUUCAAAUUGAAUGCUUAAUGACACACAGACCCCAGGUGUAUAAUUCGAUAUAGCAAAACGUAGGCUUUGGUAUCGCUUUGUGAUAUUGCACGUCGUCCUGACCUGGAAAUUUCAGUUUCCCCUUUUUUCGAUAUUUCUCUUCGAUUACCUCUGGCUCGUCCUUAUGCAAUCGCCUACAAAACCGGAGUUCCAAGACGAGGGGUUACGCCUGUGUUUUAUUCCGCAAUAAAAAAUGUACGGGUGGAUGGCACGCUUCUAGGACUUUUACUCAGCAGGAGCGUCCAUCAGUAGUAUUGCAUUUGUGUAUCGAGUAUGAGCAGUGAAUUUAACUGGCAGUUCCCAGACACCAGAUGGUUCUGUGCACAGCUCCCACCGUGACGUGUCCACAUUAAGCCAGAUGCGUUGAUCAUCAGUAUCGGCGGUGGGUGCGACACAGACUCCAGUUUCGUCGCGAUUUAUCUCUGUUAUCUCCAUUCUACGCGUCAGCUACAAUGUGCAUGCAAACCGUGAGUCUCAACCGUAGAGCUGUACAUAGGAUUGUCCUGUUAGAGGCUGCUUAACCAAAUUCCUCUUCCGAAGGGUCAAUACACAAAUAAAUCUCUUCCGGUGAGUGUUUUCCAAUGUGACAUUUUGCCUGGGAAUCACACCUCCACCGUUAAGGCGCUUUCAAUGCUCCCGAUCAUAGCCGACCAAACGUAGUCUGCGGCUCGGGUAGUAGACUUUUGAUUUAAAAACUAUGACCUGCGACGUUCAAAUGUCAGGGCCCUCCGCCUGUAUGUUUGGGUAUGGAUGUGGAAAGUGGGGUCGGCAGAGACCGAAAUGACCGUUUCUGACUUAUCAGACUUCCCCAGGUAGUCACAACCACCCGCAGAUUUUCGAAGUCUCAGGACCGAAUCCGGAUUUAUUGAUUGCUGAUUCUUUAGUCCAAGUCUCUAUCAUUGGUUCACGAGCCCGCUAUCCUAUCGGUUGCGAUCUAGAAAAUGCAAUACUGUAGGAUGAGCCUUCACUGAUUAGUUUACGGGACAUGCUCGUCCCUGUGCAUUUGGGUUCAAUUAAGACGUCUCGCGGGAAUUUGCAAAGUGACCAGCAAUGACGCAUGAAAGAAAUAUCCAUAAAGACAAGGGGGAAUGUUUUACAAUGGCAUGUGAAUUAAAAUUACUAUCGCGAUCCCCUUCUUCUUUGUUGCCGAGGUGUCUUAGCAACUACUACAUCCGUAGUAGUUAUUUAGCCAUCUAAAUGAUAGUGUGCUUAUUUUAAUAGUGCCGUCAGACAUAAGCGAGUCACCAUUAUCUGCAAACCUCAUAAAUCCUUUCUCUGCGUACUGACGUCUUUCGUGUGUUUCGUAAUGGCGGACCGCAAUCUAACCAAAUAUCGUACUGUCCAUCGUCCAGGUCAGAUACUUUAAGGCAAUGUCAGCGGUUGAAAGGUCAAAUCCGAGGGACCAACCCUUUGAAUAAAUAAACUGUCACGAAAAUACGCAAGAGCUCGUGACACUAAAAAUGGUCAAAACAAGCAAAACCACUAUACAUGCUUUCCCUAUCAGUUUUUACACUGAAAACUCGUUUUGACUUCCUUCCCAAUUAGGUCAAUGGCUAUCAAAAUCCAGAGAGAUGGGACAAAGAUACCCAUCCGACCAAUUUAGAUAGUGAGAAUGAUUUUACAAAGCUCGCCUCAAACGCCAAUAGGUCUCCGCUUUUUAACAAUUUUCCGACUGGGUCGACUGCUUCAUCCGCGAUACCAAAGCUGACAGACGAAGAGGCCCCCUACGCUUUCGUGAGUAGUGUUCAUCGCAAACGCGAAGUCGCAGCCUACGCACCGUAUCUCCGAGCUGCUUCCAAUUCUCAGGUUUUACCUUUCUUUCUGAUGCAGUUCACACUUGCGCUUUCCCAACCCAGCAUUACUCUUGGGAACCAUUCCUUGCUCCUUUGCAAACAUAAUAGCCUUUCACGUUUUAACUGUAAUGUUUAAUUCUCUUUGACCCAAUUGUGAAAAACCCGGUGUCUCUGUGGGAUUCGAACCCAAGACAACAAGGGGAGGCUUAAGUACAGCCAACACUCUAACCAUCUGAGCUACGAGGCCCCACCGAAAGACGCGAGUUUAAUCACACUUGGGUUAAGCUUACCCGCCCAAUUUAUUGCAACCUCUGGUACUACCAAAGCUGAUACAGUAAGCUGACUGUCCAGGCAGGAUUUUCUAAGUAAUACAUCUACAAUCCACCAGAUGACUACCAGACUCACGUAAUUCAUAGGUGUUAUGGUGGGUAUACUUGAUCAAAAUGUGAAUAAACUCGCGUCGUCCAGUGUGGCCUCGUAGCUCAGAUAGUUAGAGCGUUGGCUGUACUAAAGCCUCCCCUUGCUGUUGAAGGUUUGGAUCCCACCAAGGCACGGAGUUUUUUACAGCUAGGUCACAGUGAAUUAUUUGAAAUCUGCCAUAAUACCUAUGUUAUGUUUAAGCAAAAUAGGCAAGUGAACAGAAUUAUUGACAGCUAGUAAUGGUGCGAUACCACCCUUAAAAGAUUUUAAACUCCAAAUUUAGCAUUAGAGGGAAUCCUGGCAGGAGAUUUCCUAAUAUUGCUCUUGAUUGCCGUGUUGUCCAUGGGUGUGCAGUCAAAUGGUAUGCGCAUCUCUAUCGUUGAUAUCGCUCAUGUAACCGGAGAAAUCGUUCCAGCUUUCCUUGCGAGUAUUUUCUUGGCUUCCGCAAAUUUAAUCCUUAUCAUAUUAUUCGGUAAUUUCCUAAUUUUGAAUAUUCUCCUUACGAAUGUUCCAUACAUUAGUUACAAAGUUAAGUAUUUCUUGCCAGUUUUGCUGAAGGUUUUAAGAUACUGUAGACUGACACGCCAGGUUACCAAGUUUCAAAUGACGUUCAAACUGUUUAACUUGACCCGCGGCGACCUAUUAUCAAUGGCGAUUUAAAAAGCGUAUUUUCUAAUAAACAUUUCCUGAGAAAUGGGUUUAUGCGGGAGGAAAAUGUUAGUUCAGCCUUAUAAUCUUGAUAAGUUAGAUCGUAUUCAGUGAGGCAGAUGCAGCUUAACUUUUACUAUUGUAAAUCCCUUACACACAGUUCCCUUUCAUCGCCUUUUUACCAGUUUUGGUGUAGUUUAUGGCUAGGAUAUUGCUCCUGUCAGUGAUACUUACCCUCGUUAAGUCCUACCAUAGAGCUCCGGUCGUCUAAAAACUCAGUUAAGCUGUGGUUCAACGGACAACUAUGAUAUGGUUCGGUUUAAAAGUAAGAUAGUUAAUACUAGGCCCUAGCUUCGAAGGAAAAGAUUUCUAUCCAGCCCUGAGAUACCAACUUACUCUUUUGGAACUAAGCCGACGGCGGACAACGUUUGCCAUACCAUUAUACUACAAUGGUUUGUGACCUUUAUCUAGACAUCUGUUUUGAUAUGUACGGCUUCAUUCGAAAGUAUUGCUUCUGCGUGCUUAUUCGUCAAAGCUGACGCAUUGCAGAAGGCCGAUAUUGUGGCUGCCACCUGGAAAUGUAUUAAUUAACCCACUGCUUGGCCAAAACUGCAUAACAUUGCUGUGAUCCUGUGAUCAGGGCGUGUCGCUUGGAACAUUUCAAUAAAUUUGUUGUUUCUCGUAUGCAAUGGGUAGUGCCCAUGAAAACAUAAUUAAAUGCAAUUCAGUCGCUAGCAAACCAUCUGUACCCAUGACACUUUGGCCGCUGUGAGCGACGAUGUCCACUGUGUGGUCCACAGUAGGGUGAGAGCAGGUACGGUGACUCGGGCAUCAACUAGUUAUGGUGAUGGUAGACUUGCUCAGCAUUUACUCAGCUCUUCCCUUCUCCCCACUUGGGCGCGAUGUCAAGACAUAGCCAAGAAGACCGGAGGCGACAGAGGGCGCAGGUGGCUUGUGUGGCCGGAUCCGCCCCUAGGCGUGCUUCCACACCCGGCUCGUAUUCAACAAAGUGGGAGGGCCAUAGAGGCCACAAUGAGAAGGAGCCAUUUCAGCCUGACCCCAUAUCUACCCGUUGACCACUCCACACAAACAUACAUUGGGCCGACUGCGAGAUUAGAGUUACCUCGUCAGUUGGCAACCUUCCAAAACACGGCUCUUAGCGCCCUGUGAUAGCCUUAAGCGUGUCAGGGUGUUUAUCGUGAGGAAAGUGCGCUGAGUCGUCGACCUCAUUCUCCUUUCCGGUCUGCAGGCUCCAGCCACUGUCCGAGCCGGUCCGAUGUAUGGUGUCGGGAAUGGGCGCAAUGACUGGCAUAGCUAGUGGCCCUUUCUGCCCAUGCCACGUGCAAGACCUGGCCCCUUAAACCCACACACUAGGAUUUCACACACAAUCUCAUUAGCAGCGGUUGAGCCACACGGAGAAAGGAGCCCAAGAGCACACAGCCCACUUGCAUGCGAGGUGCUGGUGAUGUGUGAUUUUAGGGGGAUAUAUGCGCGAUGCAUGUGUUGAUGGGGACUGUAUGAUUUCGUAGCUGCGAUGAUUUACCGCAGGUUUUCUGAAUGCUCAUAUUACUUACUAGGCCCAUGCGGUGGCUGAAUGUUCGAGGCGUUUAAGUGUGGUGUAUGCUGCUGCUCCACCGGGCGGCGUACGAUGAAAGUGUGAGAAGGAUUUGUCGGGAGCUGCAGACUGUUUUGGCAGCGGUGGUGGCGGCGGCGGCGGCGUUAGUAGUAGUAGUAGUAGUAGUGGGCACGCUGGGCGACGAGGUGUUUAUUACGCUGAGCAUGGUGGGUGUGCAAGGUGUGUUGGUGUGUCAAUACUGUGGUGAAUUCCGCUUUCUUGGGUCGCAUGGGACCGAAAAGACAAUGCGAUAAAUAAGUGUGCGCAUGCAGUGUGGACAGCUCAGGUGGUGAGCACAUUUUGAUGCUCCAGACACUGGUUGGCCACUUUUCGUGCGAUGGAUUCGCAGGUGGCUGACUAGACCUAUGCGUGAUGCGAAUGUACGAUCGCGAUGAGGACAGGUCGUAACCGAGUCCGCAUCGCCGGAGGUGGGAGUGUUGGUGGUGAUUGUAGUAGAUAACGGAACCUCGGAUAUCGUCUCGUUGGUUGGGCGAGUGCGAGAGGUCAUGAUGUUGGUGGAGCUGGUCGCUGUGAUCGGUUCAGGGGUUAGGGCAGGGCGGAAGAUGCUGGCGAUCGAUGACGACGGGACAUCAGCAGUGUGAUCACCGGUGACGGGGGUGGUGGUCGUCGUAGGAUUUGAGGCAGGGGGGAACAGUAGGAAGUGUUCGUGGGAGGAGAGGUUGACUUAGCCAGGUCGUUCUUGCAUUGUUUCCGAAGACGUUUAACAAUGCCGAUUCGCGCGCGGACUAUGCGUUGACAGCGCAUGCAUGUUAGAAACGGCUGGCUGUUGGCAUUAUGGUGCCGAGGCACUUGUUACUUGCGGGUCUACCUUUUGAUUUUAGCAGCGGUGAUUCAUUUUACUUCGCAGAUUACUGCUUCAGUCUUCAUUGCAUUUCUUCUGUCUGUCCAGUUUUGUGCGAGACUUUUUCAUGUCUUCGAGUUUAUAUGUGGACGCUUCAAGGAGUCCUUCGAGGUUUCCUUGUAGCAACUAGCUGGGCCUCCUUGUCGGCAGGCAUCAGUGGCACAGUUUCUAUAAAAUAUUUGUUUUGAUAGACGGGUAUCUUUCAUCCUCACGGGAUGACUGCUCCGACUUGAUUGCGAUUACCUCAGCAUGACGUGGACGUUGAGGACUUCCCUGUCAACAAUCCUAUCCUGCCACCUCAACUUGAGUAUCCGUCGGGGCCAACUCGGGUGGGAUCGAUUGAACUUCCGCGUUUGUUUCGCAUAAACAGUCCAGGUCCCUGCUCCAUACUGCAGCGUCGGUAAAGCGAUAGCUUUUACAUAUUCAGUUUUGUGUUGAAGUGAAGGCCGUGGCGAUUUACCACGAAGUUUUGCGGCCGGUCGAAAGUUUCGAUGUCUUUCAAGACUGGGUGGGCCACUUCGUCGUCUAUUCUGAUGCAACGUGAGACUCUGAUGCCUAAGCAGGUGAAGUUGUCUACGGUCUUCAGUUCGGUGCCGUUGACAUGGGUGCGUGGGACAUUGUAUGCAGCGUUCUCUGGCGGUUAGUGCAUGAUCACCGUCCUGUCCAUUUUGAUAAGUCAGGCCAAAGUGGGCGCAGCCAGAGGCGAAGAGAAUCGUGCUCCGUUGAAUGUCUACUUCGGUCGUGGAUUUCAGUGCACAGUCGUCGGCGAAGAGCAGAUCGUGGAUAGUAGCCAUCAAGAGACGCGUUGAGACCUGCAUUCGCCGGCCGUCGAGAAGAUGUCCGACGGUCAUGCAGGUGAUGCCGAUUCCGGGGCGCACAUCAUGAUAGACGUCCACCAGCAUGGCAGAAGACAUGAAGCUGAAAAGGGGGGCGAGUACGCACCCCUGAUUCACUCCACUGCUCACUGUGAAUGCCUCGGGGAUUGCAUCGUCGUCCUUGACGCACGCCAUUAUCCCGUCGUACAGCCGAACUUCUGCAUGAUUUCCACAACUCUUUGCGAUUCACCGUGUCGAAGGCGUUCACCAGGUCCAUGAAGUUAGUGUAGGAGUGAAUCCGCAGCCUCUGACAUUUUUGUAACUGACUAGUGGCAAAUAUCAUGACAAUAAUAAUAAUAAUAAUCAUAAUCAUAAUAAUUUAUUAAAUGCCAGUUUACAGGCAUUGUCAAGGGAAGCGAUUAAACGCAAAUCCGACCAGCAGUGAAAAAAACUCCUGGAGUGAAGGAAUAAAAAUGUAGUUGAUGGUGAAUUUUAUGGUUUGGAUGGUUCAGGAGAAAAAACUGCUGGUGGUUAACUUUCGACCGUCAAGAUGGGGGGAGGGUUGCACGGUAUCGGAGAUUAUCGGACGUCAAUUCCUUUCAUGAAGUUGGGGAUACUCAAAGUAGAGGCGUUGAGGAACAGCUGGUGAGACCGGCCAUAGUGUUUAGAGACCACAAACGCCAUCGUUACGGUAGAGUCGAUCAGUGGAUUCAGCACCCAAAAUUUGCGGAAGCUUUUCUGAAUGCAAAAAUCGAGUAAUAGUUCUCUUAAAUAAAGGAUAAUUUCGCAGCUUUUCCACACUCAUGGGUAGUUUAUUCCAAAUAGCAAUGAUUGCGCGGUGUCGUUAAAAUCCACACUGACUUUCCGGCAGAAUUCCUUGUCCUAGAGGACCGAUGAGGCUGCUAAGGAGGGUACCUUCGAAGAUACUCCCGGCGAUGUUGAUCGGCGAAUUUCCUCCGUUAUCGUCAUAGAGUUUCCGGUUUCCUUUCCAUUUGUAAAGAUGGACGAUAUUUGCGUCCUUGGAGUCCUGAGACAACUGUUCACAGCGCCACAUCUCUUGGAAUAGCGCCGUGAGUUAUUCCUUCAAUUGAGAGUCGCCGCGCUUGUAGACCUCGGCCAGAAUCGCGCCGAAACCUGGUGCUUUUGCUCUGGCUAGUUCAGAUUGUUUCUGAAAUAGACGACGAGAGAUUCAUGUCGACAUCCGUUUCCAUUUAAGAAAGUAUGUCGACUUCGGCGUCGGAGAUUUUAGAGGGUUGGUUUAGGGCGCUUUUGAAGUGCUCGGCCCAGCACUUCAGAAUCUGCAACUUCUUCGUCAGGAGCGUGGAUCUACUAGAGAUGAGAAGUGAUGUGAUUCCUUUGGUAAGGAGGCCGUAGAUCGUCUCGAUCACAGCGAAGACAUUCUUUGUUUUGUUACGGUUGCCGUAUCCCUGGUUCUCCUCGGCCUCGCGAGUCAUCUGGGCGUCCCGCAUUUUUCGCGGUCCUUGCUGCGCAAGACGGCGACAUUGGCAGAAGUCAGUUUUGUUUGCAACGGUCGAUGUAGGCUCUGGAUAUCCUGUUCUCUUCGGCGAGCAGGUCGAUGGUGUCGGCAGCAUUGUCGCCGAGCCAGUCCUGAUGUUGGCGACGUGCACAACCGGCGACGUCCAGAGCAGUCGAGUGGAUGGCGCUCUGCAGUUGACAUCACCGAGUCUCCACGGUGACGUUGUAAUCCUGUGCUGGCAGGUCUUCCAGUUUCUGAGGUAACCGACCGCUGAAAUGCAAACGGUGCGCAAGCAACCUAACAGAACAAUAUUCAGCUUACAUGGCGGUCGCUUAUUUUGUGGCCCCCUGCGUAAUUACAGACAAAGCCUUAUCUUGGAGGUGUCCAGGCGGUUAUCCUCUCAGUCAUCGACGUCGCAGAUAGCUUUGUUUGUUGAUGUCCUGCGGCAGUCAGGACAGUGAUUCUGCGACGUCGUUCUGACUGAAAAAGACGAAGGCGGUAUCGCUAACUCUGCCUUUUGGCGUGGUUCCGGAAGAAUGUAUAGCCGCCACCCACCUCCUCCAGUUGGCCUUGUUCAAGGAAGGAGGACGAAGAUGUGAGAUGGGAAACGAAACUGGGUUGCCGGGUGUGGGGACACUCAACACGGAUACCAUCGCGCGGUUUUGUUCUCCUGUCGAGGCUUUUACCGGUUGUGGCCGCUAGGCAGAGACUACCUUCAGGGAUCCCCAUGUGAGAGUAUGGUUCUAGUUAAUGAACACUAGGCGCAGCUAACACCUGCAAGAAACAAGUGAAGCGACCUACUACAGCCUUCACGUGGACUCAGUAGUGGGCACACCUCAGCUGCACAUAUAUAUGUAUAUGCAAGUGCAUUCUCGAUGUGGACGUCGGCGAAAACACUUCAGUAGCAUUUUGGUAGUGGGUAACCCUUUGGAACAGUGAGUAUAUACGGAUUUAAUGGAUCCUUUUUGAACACUGACAGUGACGCAACUUUCGCUACCGACACAGAUAGUCCGUUAUGUUUCUAGAGUACACUUUGUGUGGAAAAUUCCUGUACGAUGGAUAGACACUCGCAAGUGAUGAGGACCACCGCGUGAUUUACAGUGGACGCAACACUGGCAACUCGCGCGUGAAUUGGGUUAUAGUCAGACAGCCUUAUACAGCAUUUAUUGCACGCCCUCAUCGCUCACUUACCUCGCUCUGAAGACAAGACAGUGGCAAAACGACCGGACGUGGGAUCUGGCGCAGUGACUGAAAAAAAUAAACAAUUUGUCCACGCGUGUCACACGUGACUUGGUUUUCAUACCAUGUACCAGGUCACAUUAAGGGAGAAUCAGAUCUUAUAUGGAUGAGAAUGUCGUAGGGCAACAUUAAGAAUGCGCCGUUCUAGCCUGGCUGUAGGUCUCAUAGUCACCCCUAAAUAAUCACUAUGAGGAUUGGGUUUUCCCGUCAUUUUCAUCCUUCUGAGUUACGUAUCUUAGCGCGCUGUGACAGGACUCAGCGGAUCGAAGUUAUUUUAGUUAAAAUGCGUUGAUGUGUCGUGAGGGUGUGGCUCGAAGUUUCGGCCUUACUCUCCUCUCUCCUUUUUGCCGGUCGACUGUCUGAGUCUGUCACUUAAUGAGUAAAGGUCUUGGAUGCAGUUGCCGUCGCAGCGUGAUGAGCCAGCAUUUAGCCUGCUGGUUUGUUACUGGAAAGUGGGUCGAAGCGUAUCACCGACCAAGUGCCACGCUUAGUCACAGUUCACAGUCAAGGUCUUACUAUAUAGCAAUUUGCCUAUAAAAAUAUUUUACCGUUGAUAUUCAUGUGCAUAAGGGACUAUAUUUUUGCUACUCGAACAUUUUUAUUUCCUAUUUUUCGCAGUUCUACCAAAAACCACUAAAUGUGGCGAUAGAUGCGGAAAGGCAUAGCAGCUCGAUGUACAACCUUCAGACCCGUGAUGGUGUUAUCCAUGACUCCUUGCACCGGCCACAGAAGGUGAGCCAGCACACACCAUUGAGAGUGCCCCAGUCACGGAACGAUAUGGGCUGUAGACACCAGGCUAACCGUGGUAGCCGAAGUCCACAAUUUAGGUGUGCAGCAGGACCUGGUGACACAGGUCCGGUGACUGCCAAAUCGACCCACGCUGCAAGAUCCAACUUCCAACCAGGACGUUUUAUAAUGAAUCAGAAUGGGUUCUACCCCUCCCUUAAGCCUGCCAACUUCUCCUACUACAUGCCAUUGGCUAGCCACAAACGGACACUCAACAGGAGGAUCUUGGAUUGUCGUGGUACUCUCCCUCAGAGGCCCGCUGUUCCCUCCCACAUAGCAGCGAAACGAUAGAGUCUGGCCAAAUCUUUAUUCCCUCUCUGUAUGAACGUUCCCGACUUCUGUUACCUUUUGCUGGCGACGAAGUUCCACUAGAUUUCUACGCGAUCGUGACGGUUGUGAUUUUUAUCCUCAACCUUUUCUUCUGAUUGUUGAGGUACCUUACGAGAUUCAAUUCUAAGUUAAAAUUUAUUCGAAUUCUCCCUAACUGCUGUGGUUGCUUUUUUCAGGGUGCUCUUCUAUGAACUUGACGAAAUUUUAAACAGACUUGACCUCAUUUUGCUUGAUUAAACCCUAGAUAAUUGGAAAUACAUAUAUGACCUAGUGACAGUCAUGGACGGUCACGGUACCUACGCGAAUUUGAAUACGGCGCCGUUAAAAUUAAAAAGGAAAGGUGUAAUCGUUAGUAUCUCGUCUCUCAAGAUUACCGUUCGUUUGUGCUCUUCCACUGUUUACUUGUUUUGCAGAGUUUGGAGGAAGGUCCGUAA